GUUUACUAAAAUCCCCCUCCCCAGCAUCCCUUAAGGUAAGUGUGCUUCCUUCUACACUUGCAUGUGCUUGUAAGAAAGUACGUUCAUAUAUCUAUUACAUUCUCAAUAUUUUCUGUGGUUUUCUUUCUCUUGCUUAAUUCGUGAAAAACAUGAACGAAUCUGUUCAGUAAUGUUGGUCUAUUGUGGGAUUUGUGGCAGUAGUUCAAGAUCUGGUUAAUUGUGACUAAAAGAUUGUUUUGGAGGGGGGUUGCAAAUUGUAAAGCAUUUAAAUAGGUCAGUGUCCAGGAAAAUGUGAAGAGAAUUUGCAGAAGUAUGAUCACUACAGGCAAAGCUUGUUUGUUUUACAAGUUGUCUUAAGUUUCGUAUAACCGUUUUCUGACAUUUAAUACAUAACUUUAAAGUGCACUUCACUUAAAAUAAUGCUGUGUAUAAAUCUAUUGUGCAAUGUUUGGGUUGCUGCCCAAAACCAUGAUCAAUUGGACUUGUAACAUUAUGCAAACGGUGUGCCUUGUAAGCUUCUAUUUGUAAUGAAUAGUCUUCAAAUUAUUUGUCUUCCUGUACAGUUAGUUGUGGUUAGUGUUGUUUGGCUGCCUUGCUGCUUGUUUGAUUUGAAAAGCAAAUCUAAAUCUUCUUUGGCUCGUAGCCACGUGAGUGUGUUGUGUAUUUUUUUUUUUUUUUUGUAUAUUUAAGUUAUGUCACAUUAUGUAUUUAUGUAGUUUAUAUACUUGGGUGUUAGAGAGGCCGUGGUUAUUGUACUUGCAAAAUGCAAGGACUGUCGCUUGGUUUUUGUGUCAAACCAGUUUAGCUGUUUGACAGAAACUGGGAAUUCCUGAGGACCCAGUGACUCUCCUUAUAGCCAAUUUAAUUAGCAAUGUCUGUUUUCAUCAUUAGCAGCGCAGACUAUAAUGGCUACGGUGCAUGGAGUUGGGUUGUGGGCUUCUGUUGUAAUUAUAAUUUUUCAAACGUAUAGAACAUUAGCAUAAAUGCAUCUUGUAUAAAAUGUGUGUAUGUGUGUGUAUGUAUGUAUGUAUGUAUAUAUAUAUAUAUAUAUAUAUAUAUAUAAUUUUUUUUUUUUUCUCUUCAAUGUCUGUGGAAUUAAUGCUCUUUUUCAUACUUCUGAUUUAAAUUCUGCUUUCAAGUGUGGAACUGUAUAAAAAAAAAAAAAAAUUCCACCUACAGACAGCCUGUUUCAAACUCAUUAUCACUUAAGAGUGCCAUUGGAAAUAUAUUGGCUUGUGCUAGUCAGUCUGUUCACAGGCAAUUUGCCAUACCGUUAAUGAUGCUUAUGAUGGGGUAAAAAGUAAUCUAACCCAUGAAUGAAAACAAAAUGUAAUAUAUUCUUAUGAAAAGUCCAUAGUAUUUUCUUUGCUCAGUCCAAAGCACUGGAUUUUAUGAUUCUGUGUUCGACUGAUUUUUAGAUUUGGUGUCGCGUGCUAGAGACAUCCCCACCUUUGCCUUGGGACGGGUGAAUAUUAGGUGUAUCUUGUCAUUGCUAACUUCUCCCCGUGGCUGAGAAAAUACUGGCAGCUGCUCGACAAUGGCCUAAGGAAUGUAAUGAAAUUGUUGGUUUCAAAGAAAAUGGAAUCUUGUUCUACAGGCUUUCUGUUAGUGAAGGUUAACUGCUGCUUCGGUAGCAAUGGUGUGUGUGUUUGUUGUGUUUUUUUUUUUUUUAUACAAGGGGCAAAAAACAUGGGUUUACCAUUAGGUAUUAUGUUCUGUCUGCACAGACAAGGUGAGAAUGAAUUGACAGGUUUAUUCACCUUCUCCCUCUCCUCACCACCCUCCCUCCCCAUCCCUGAAAUAAAAUCUAUAUUUAUAUUUUACUCUGCAAAUGUAAAGGAAGGAACAAAUAAGAGACGUUUUAGCAUUGGAGUGAGAUGAGAGCAGGUGAGUGCAAAUAGAUGAGAGAGUGGGGUAAGGAAAGGAGGAAAUGGAAGAGGACAGGAGUAAAAGGUAUGUGUGCAUAGUGGUUACAUUUUUCUUUUAUACCUGAGUUGUUGGCGUAUAUUAUAUAGGGAUGCACUGAAAUUUUCUGCUGAAAAUGGGCUUAUCCCUUUUGGCUGAAAACGUGUCAAAUUUGCCAAUUUUUUUUUUUUUUGUAGUGCAUAGUUUAACAGACAUGCUUGCAUUAACAAUUCAGAUGGAUUAUAUAUCACAAUGAAAGAUAGUAAUGAUAUGAAGGGGGGAGGGAGAAACAGGGAACACUAUGGGACUGGGGAGGGGGAGAAACUUUAAGCAGAGGGGACCACUAAAAGAGAAGGGACGUUUUUCAUAUUAAAUUCAUUAAAAAGUCUAAUAUUAAUACAAUUUUAGAAAAAAAACUUUUUAAAAAUAAUUUGGGGGGGGAAAUCAAUUUUCGGCCAAGGGCAUCCUGAAUUUUCAGUUUCGGCCCAGAAUUUUCAUUUUGGUGCAUCCCUAAUAUAUUGUGCUACAUAAUUUUUAUUUUAUUUUUUAAAUGGUUGACAAUUACAUUUUUACAAUUAUUACAUUGUUACAUUUUUACACUAUGUCAGUAUCCUCUUUGAUUUAAGGUUGGAUACAAAAUCACAGCAGACGAUACUGAAUACAGCCACAGAGGAUAAAGGCUAUUUUUUUGUUCAACCAUCACAGUUCCCCAAACAACGUGGAGAGAUCCUUAACAAAUAUUGAUUUUUGGACAUAUUUCUACUAAACAUUGACUUUGAGAUGUUCAAUUUAUAGUAAUUAUAUUGAGAACAUAAAAUUUGUCCCUACAUUUGUAUAAUAAGGGACUAUCUGCUAAGUGCCGACACUAGUGUUUUUUUUUUUUUUCUUGACAAUUAUUGCUAUUUGGAACUUUAAAAUAAAAAUGUCUCUCAUUAAAGGGUCACUCAGAAAGCGGAAAAGCUUUGUGUGAAGAGUGUGUCCUAUUUAUUUUCAUUUUGCAAGAAGGGCAAUUUCAAUAGAAAUUUACACUUUAAUAAAUUAGACUGGUUACACCCCUUGGCUUUCAAACAGACAACAGGUAAUGUUACUUCCUGGUUUUGUUGGUUCAAUGCAGCUGACCUUAAGAGGCAGCGAUUUCCCAGAGCACCUGACUUACAAAGACUUCUCAUUGAGCUGCAUUGGGAAGUCUGUGAUUGGACAGCUACAGAAAGUCUGGAUGAGGUUAGAAGGGGAGAGCUUGCAAAGACUACAGACAAGAAACACCUGUUUUGCAAGCUGAUUUUAGAUAUCUCCCCAAUGAAAAAAAUGCAUAAUUGCAUGCAUAUUUUACUUUGAGUUUUAUUUUUAUCUUCCCAAAGAUAUAAGCUCAAUGAGCGCAAAUACCUGUGGUUAGUUUCUUUUCUUUCUAUUCUGUGUAGUUUUCCUGUAGUGUUGUAAAAUGUUCUGUUUUAAGUUCAUCAGUGUAAUCCAGCCUCUUCAGCCACCCCCUCUCAAAUUUCAACAUGUUCCUGAUUCCCAGUCUCUGAAAGAAAUGUACCUGAAAAUAGUUGUCUUCUGAAUGGUCACAGCAAAAAUUGCACUGCAAAGGCAAGGCUAGAGCCUAUUUGUGCUCCUCGCCCUCCCCUGUAAUAAAUUCUCCUCCAGUCUGUCAGUCAACUCCCUACCCACUGUUAACCCCUUCCCUGCCAUUCCUGUUCAGCCAACCAUCGUACCCACUGUUAACCCAUCCCUGCUGUUCCCGGUCAGCCAAUGUUACUACCCACGGUUAACGCUUCCCUGUCAUUCAACCUCCGUACUCACUGUUAACCCCUUCCCUGGAAGCCCCUUUUAAUUAACCUUGUAAGGUAGAUAGAGAUCUAGCGAGAAAUAACACAAAGCUCUGCAGGUAUUUGAUUUUGUCUCUUUAUAUUUAUAAGCAACAUAUAACACUAUAUGAUUUCUAAUGUUUUGAGGAAAUGUGUGUGACAUGGUAAGUAAGUUCUAGUGUCUGAAUGCUGUAUUUGUAGUGUAAAUUAGGUUGAGUACUUCCUGGGAAGCCAUUGUAGACGUCAUUACUGAUUCUCAUAGAGAAUCACUGGAGCAUGGUCAUUGGUAGAUAGGCAUUGUGGGCGUGUCAUUACUGAUUCUCCUAGACCUAGAAAAUCACUGGAGCGUGGCCAUUGGUGAACAGUCCAGCUGAAAUGCUGGAAGAAAGCAAAGAGGGGAAUAACAUGUCAUUAGAGGAGGAGCAGAGUAUUAGAUCAAUGUAAAGAUUAUAAGAGGUUCUUCUAGAGCUCAUUUUAACACUAUUUAGGAGGGAAAAAGCAUUUAGUGAUAGUAGGUUUACUGGGGAGAGACAAGGAUAUGCUUUUUUUUUUUUUUAAUUUAAACCUAUACAGUUCCUUUAACUCUUUCGUUUAUUAAAAUGUGUUUUUUUUUUUUUUUUUUUUUUUUUGGGGGGGGGGGGGGGUGAGGAGGUGGGAGGCACGGUUAAAAAUCUUGGUUAUAAGAUUUAUAAACCUCUGCUACACCUCUUUGUCCAGGACAUGGUUAUUUCCCUAUCAUCGCACACUUGGGCAUCUGCCUAGAAAUGCCUCCCUGGCACUGUGCAGGUUCAAUUAAUGGUAUGUUCAGGUUGUACCAGGACAACCAAGCAUACACAGUAAGAAUAAAAAUUAAUGGGACACUAUAGUCACCAGAACAACUACAGCUUAUUGCAUUUGUUCUAGUGACUAGAAUCAUUCCAUUCAGGCUUUUUGCAGCAAACACUGUAUUUUCAUAGAAAAUGUAGUGUUUACAUUACAGCCUAUUGAUAACUUCACUGGCCACUCCUCAGAUUGCUGCUAGAGGUGCUUACUGGGGCAGUGCUGCCAUUCAGUGUAUCCACCCUCUGCAUGGAGACACUGAACAUUCCUCAUAGAGAUGUAUGGAUUCAAUUCAUCUCUAUGAUGAGAUGCUGAAUGGCCAGGUUUGUGUUUUGACUUGUGCUGGCUCUGCAUCUGAUCUGCCUCCUUGACAGCCUGCACCAAUUCUGUGGGGAAGCAUUGUGAUUGGCUCAGACCACCACUUCUGAUGGUGUCAGCAGACAGGGGCAGAAGCUGCAGACUUGAAUACAAGUAAGAUAUUACUAUAUUUAGGGAAACAAGGGGGCUAGAUGGUGAUUUUAACACUAUAGGGUCAGAAUACAUAUUUGUGUUCCUGACCCUAUAGUACUCCUUUAAAAACAUAUAUUUAUUUUUGUUUUUAAUUUUGUUUUAUUAAACUUUUACGAUAGAGAUGUCUGUUUGUGUCUGUUUUCUAGUAAACGUAAGUUUUCUAGUAAACUUUGUAUUAAAAUACUUUUGAUUCAUCCUUUUGUACUCUUAUUUCAAAAAGUUAGUGUGUGUUCUGUUGACCUGCUUUAAUACCCUUAUAAGAUGUUCUUCUUUUGUUUUUUUUGUUUUUUUUAAAUCAUUUAUCAGACCACCUGAGGACAGAGCCCUUACGGCAUGAUUAUUUGGGACAGGUUAACAGAGUUCAGCACAACGUUCCAUGUUCUGAGAAUCUCUUGUUUUUUUUUUUUUUCCUCUGUCCAGUCAUUAAUUCCUAAGCGGGAAUGAGGGUGGAUUUUCUGGAAUAUUUGCUAUUUUAAGACUGGGGGGAUUAGGUGAAUAGCACAAAUGCACUAUUUUUAAACCAUGCUUAAGCUUAACAGGUCACUAAUGCCUUCACAUAAAUGGCUUUAAAUGAACACUAAGACAGAUUUAUGUAAACAUUACGGGGCAUGCCUAUUAAAGGACCACUCUAGGCACCCAGACCACUUCAGCUUAAUGAAGUGGUCUGGGUGCCAGGUCCUUCUAGGGUUAACCCAUUUUUUUUUUUUUUUUAUAAACAUAGUUUCAGAGAAACUGCUAUGUUUUUGAAUGGGUUAAGCCUUCCCCCUAAUCCUCUAGUGGCUGUCUCAUUGACAGCCACUAGAGGCGCUUGCGUGCUUCUCACUGUGAUUUUCACAGUGAGAGUACGCAAGCGUCCAUAGGAAAGCAUUGUAAAUGCUUUCCUAUGCGACGGGCUGAAUGCGCGCGCAGCUCUUGCAGUGCGUGCGCAUUCAGCCCAGGAGGAGGAACGGAGGAGGAGAGCUCCCCGCCCAGCGCUGGAAAAAGGUAAGUUUUUAACCCUUUCCCCCUUCCAGAGCCGGGUGGGGGCACCCUCAGGGCACUAUAGUGCCAGGAAAAGGAGUAUGUUUUCCUGGCACUAUAGUGGUCCUUUAAGCAUUUUACUGCUUCAAGAAGCCUUGUAUUUUCAGGUAAUGGGGGAGGGGCAGAGGAAAAAGGACCCUUUGACCUGGAGGAACUGUAUACCGCAUUUUAAUUUGGUUCUUAGUGUUUAGCCAAUCAGAAUGCAACUAGGAAUCAAAUUGUUCCCAAUGAACAGAAUGUACAUACAAGUAAUGGCACAGAAAGUGAGUGAAUAAACGGUCUGUUUCCUGUCUUUUAUGAAAUGCAGCCUUUUUAAAAUGGGAAAGAGAUGCACAAAAUCCGUAACUCUUACUUUUUCAUACACCCACUUAUCUGAAUAUGCAAAACUGCACUUGCAUCAUCAGAAACAUUUCAAACACCAUCUCCUGGUCUCUCUGGUUUGGUUUGACUUAUCUCUGGUCUGCCAUGUGCCAAACCGGCUCUCAGGUAGGUGCUUCUGUUUGACCUCCUGAGCUAAGCGGCCAACUCAUUGGCGUCAACUGACCUGCUACUCCCAGCACUACUGGCUUUAUCUCACAGCUGAGGGGAGGUAGGGAGUAGCACCCUGCGGAUUCCAGGUAAGAAGUUAAACGAUAACUGCAUGGUUUGACAGUCAAAUUCCAGGACACACCUGCCAACAUAACCACUUUAAUGCUAUAACCAUAUGGGGAUUGGAGUGUUCCUUUUAAGGAUUUACUGUUUCCUCUACCCAUUCAUCACCCACGGCAUAUAGUUGACUAUUUCGUAUUGCAAAACCACUAUAGUGAUGGAUCCUUUCUUCUAAAGCCCUUUCAGAUGAGAGUAUUAUAGGAAAUCGAAAGCAGAGGACAAGUUUCGCUCUUUUGUGGUGCUUUGUUUCUUCGAAUGUAUUUGUACCUGAACCCCUAGGGUUUUAUGAGAAUUACACAUCUCUCAGCUAGUUUUGCAUCCUCUUGUAAAGGGUAACAUUUGGUCUAUCCAUAGUGUAGCAGGUUUUAGCAAGAUUUUUGAAACCAUCAACCAGGCAUUGUAUGUGAAAUAUCAAAUUUACUGAAUUAUGUUAUCAACUCGAUAUUUUUGCUUUAAAAUGCAAAGUGUGGUCGCCUUUGUUUCUCCAAUGAAUUUUUUUGAGCAGUGCAUUUACAGCCUCCAGUGUGGAUACUGUUUUUGCCAAAGCAUUAUAUUUAGCUUCACGAACAGCUGUCGGACAGGACAUGGCCUUUUAAGAUUUAUCUGGUGAGGGAAUCAUCCCAAUAAUCCAACAAAUCUAUCUGGAGAGAAGGCAAUGAUUAAAGACAAACUCCAAGCUUAAGAGGACCCCCAUUUUUUUUCAAAAUGCAAUGUAUAGGUAUAGCAUUAAACUAGAAUAUACAUGCAUUAAAAGAUAAAAAAUCAUUGAUGUUCCUGUGUUUGCUGCAAAACCCACAUUACAUUAAGCCAACAGCUAGGAAUUGACUAACACCAAUAAGCCAAUUCUAUUGGUAUGGCAGUGCGAUAUGUACCCUAGGUGUCUGGUUCAGGGUAUGUUGCAUCUGUAGUUUAAUACUUGGCAGGUAUUCCAUUCAUCAGUAAAUGUGAAUUAAACUUUUUCCCACGUUAACAGGAGCCUUGCAAUGAAUGCUGUCCGAUUACUGGUAGUUCCAUUUCUGUUCUUUAUGAAUAGUUUAGAUGUGACCAUGCACGCAGAGAGCUGAAUCAUUAACUGCUUCUCCAAACUCAGAGAAUGAGCUAUUCAGAGGUUUUGAUACUUGUAGAAUGGUGCCUUUCCAGUGCACAUAUGCUGUACAAGUAUUUUGGCAGUCAGGGGGAAUCUUAGUCACCUCAUACUUGCCUUUCAAUGCAUCUCUAUGAGGAGAUGCUGAUUGUCCAGGGUGGUGCCUGGCUCGUCCCAUCGCACCUUCUUGGCAGAGAUUAUUAAAUUAGCCUAUCUCAGCCAGCCCAAUGCUUUCCCAUGGUAAAGCUUUGUGAUUGGCUGAUAUCACUUCUGAUGUCAGCCAAGGAGACAGAUCUGGGCCGAGCCAGUGCUGGCAGACUGGAAUAAAGGUAAAAUUUCACUAACACUUUAGUCUCAGGAAUACAUGUUUCUGACCCUAUAGUGCUCUUCUAAAGUGGCACUGUCAUGCCGAACAUGCCUUUCUCCAAUUGUUUUCUCUCUCAGAAUCUGUUCUUUUCUUUAUUUCUGAUCCAGUUUUCUUUAAAACAGAAGACAAAGAAGGGACUAUAGUCAGCUCCAUUUCUUGUGUCAGAAAGUUUCCCUUCAAUAAGCCCCCUCCUCCGUAUUCUUGUGAUGCUUCCUUUCUCCAUUCCCGAAUGUCCAGUCAUAUUGACAGUGCUCCGGCGAAUUCGAAUGAAAUUCGUUCAUUAUCUUCUAUUCGGAAUUUUAUUUGGAGAAUUACAUUUCUGAUUCUUCCAGCGGCUGCAUCUGGCAGCCUUUUAGUAGAUAGUCCUCUAAUUCUCACAAGGAUUAGAGGGCUAUAUACUAAAUAGCUGGAGAACCAAAAUUCAUCUUUCAACAGAGUGGGUUAUCUGCAGUUAUGCAUAGCUCCCCAUGUAAUGUCUAGUUAAGGGAUUGUAUUUAUACCUGCAGUUACCUUACAAGGAGAAUUUUUAAGCCAGAAUUUGUACAAGGAGCAAACCAGGGAUUCAUUGAGUAGGGUAGGGACUGGUUUAGCAAUUGUCGGCGCACUGAGCUUUAGGAACACUGCGGUGAUUUGAUCUGGUCCACACUGGUUUUUAAUUUUUGGAUUAUUAAGUUGUUUAUUAAUGACCCGAACAGGCGCAGUUUGAAAAUUUAAUUUUUCUAUAUGAAGUCUUUACUAAUUUAGCAGGGCCUGACCUUCAUAUGUAGUCUGAGAACGUUUGUCAUUCGCUUACAGGGUGGUGGCACAUCCAACAAAAUAAUGGCAAUUGCUACAUCUAGUGGGCGUUUCAGGGUUUGGUUGUCCAUUUUGACAGUGAAUGGUUGGGAGUGGUUUGUGGUGGUUUGUAUGUUGCGUAUGAUUUUCUAAACGUUUCUUGGGUUUGAUGUGGUGGUCAAAUUUUCACUGAAAUAUUGGGCCUUUGCUAUUUUUGUUUGUUUUGUGAAUUUCAUUCUGUCAUACAUUGUGUUAAUAUUGAGAAGUUUAGAUGUGGCAAACCCUCCCCUCCCUCCCCCAAAAAAACAAACAUUCAUUAAAGGACCACUAUAAUGCCAGGAAAACAUACUCUUUUUUUUUUUUCCUGGCACUAUAGUGCCCUGAGGGUGCCCCCACCCUCAGGGACCCCCUCCUGCCGGGCUCUGGGGAGAGGAAGGGGUUAAAAUCUUACCUUUCUACAGCGCCGGGCGGGAGCUCUCCUCCUCCACUCCACCUCUUUUCCUCCUCUUCUCCUCCUCUUCGGCUGAAUGCGCACGCGCGGCAGGAGCUGCGCGAGCAUUCAGCCAGUCUCAUUGGAAAGCAUUCAUAAUGCUUUCCUAUGGACGCUGGCGUCUUCUCACUGUGGUUUUCAGUGAGAAGCACGCAAACGCCUCUAGAGGCUGGAUUAACUCAUUUAUAAACAUAGCAGUUUCUCUGAAACUGUUAUGUUUCUAAAAAAAAAUAAAAAAAAAAUGGGUUAACCCUAGCUGGACCUGGCACCCAGACCACUUCAUUAAGCUGAAGUGGUCUGGGUGCCUAGAGUGGUCCUUUAAUCAUUUUCGUAAUUCCUCAACAUUUAUUUUAAUAGGCUCCUGUUUUGUUGUCUCGUGGAUUCAUCCUUAUACCAAUAUUUUCUGGAUGACAGCCAGAGGGAGCAGUAAAUACACAUCCUUCAAGCACAGAGAUCUGUAUUUUAUUGCCUUAUCUUAACUUUUGUUUAGCCAAAGGCCACCCUGUUGCUUUCAUUACUUACUAUGAAUGAGCAAAAAGUUACAAAGCUAUGCAGUUAUGGCUUGCCUUGACACCCUAGAUGUCUGCAUACUUUGAUGCUUUGCCAGCCUAAGGCUCUCUUGAAUGAAGAUGUGAUUUGCUUAUUUCCAGAGACCCUAUCUCCCUCCUCCACUCCCCCCACCCCCCCCCCAUUCUGGAGAGUUAAUCUAACAAAUCAUCACAUUUCUGAGUUCCUUCUUAGACCUCUUUGUGUGCUGCAAAAUCCACUUAUAAUGCCUCUUGCUCGCUAAUUUUAAAACCUGGAGUGCUGAUAACAUGUUUGGGAACUCGGGAGAGAUGUCUCUCUAUUGAGUACUGGGGUAGAGGAGAUGAUGAUAAAUAUCCUUUGUUACAAGAACAUGUUCUGAGAGCUAUUUAGUUGAAAAUCUAAUACAACACACCCAACUUCCCAUCUGCCUCCAAGAAACCUUAUUUAGCAGAAGCAUGUCCGUUGAAAGGGGUCAUCUCCCAUGAGCUCCUAAAGCUGUUAAUACUUUAUAAAUAUUUUAUAUUGAAUACUUAUGUUUCCUGUAAAUGGAUCUACUUCUAACUAUGUAGUUUAUUUCCAUAUACAUUUCCAGUAGCAGACUGCAUGAAAAAAACUCUGCAAUUCACACCUGCCCACUUCAUGUUGGCAAAAUGGAAAGCACAUGUGUAAGUUAAAAAAAUGUACUUGCCGACAAUUUGCUGACUACACAAACAAAUGGGAAAAAAGUUACACCUACAUAUAAUGUUAAACUUGGUUGUAGUGUGCAGGUUUUUUAAUUUUUUUAAUACAAUCUGUUUACAACUUAUUUAAGUUUUGAGAUGACAAGAUUUCUGAUAAAGAUCUUUCAAAAGAGGUCUUUUACAUCUGCAUCACUGGAUUAAUAUAGCUGCUUUUUCUUCAAUACACAAAACUAUAAAGAUAUUGUUUGCUUUUAUUUUUUGUACUUUUUUUUUCCCCCUUUUUUUCUUCGGGUACUGGUUUUUAUCAAUUAUACCCUUCCAACAAUUAUUCCUUGAAGCAAAACCGCCCUGCCCCAUGAUUUUGCCUUUAUCAGUUUAAGUACUUUAUUGGCUGUUUACUUAUCUGUACUUUAUGGCCGUACUUCUGGCCAAGCACCUUCUUCAUGGAAUAUGUGUGUCCUAAUCAAUAUAGUGAAGUUUACUUUUGAUUAGGCUGUGAUGGUUUAUCUUAUUUGAACUAGUUCAAAUAGAUAUGACUUCCUAUUGAUUACAUUGUCUGUCGCACUACACUCCUAGCUUUAGUGAUCGCUUUGCAGUUAUACACACUAUAAAUAUGAUAUUUAUCUCUUUAAAUGGCAUGUAAGUGACUUAUGAGUAUAGUGUAGGGUGCCAGAAACAUCACUUCUUCUGAUUUAUCUGUUGUGAAUUAUUCUAAAAUACAUAUCAUCUCCACCCACCUUGUCGCUCACAUCUACCAGGAAGUGUUGAAACCUUAUAGAGAGCUUUUCAGCUUUCUUCAGUAACGUUACAAAUCUGUUGAUUAGACUAGCCCACAAAUAAAGCUCUUGCUCGUGGCAUUCCAUUCAGCUCACUGUAGUGGUUAUGGUACCAGGAGUCCGUGGAUUGACUUCUUAACCAGAGUCUACAGAGCACCACUUGCGGCUUCCUUGAUUGCCAUCUUUGCUCUUGAGCUAAGCCCUACAGUGUAGGGUGUCAGCUGUUUGCUCUAGGUUUCAGCAAGAGCUGUUCGUUACUCUCCGCUUCCUGUCAGAUUGGGUAGAGGAUAUCGAACAUCCUCUACCGCGAAUUGCGACCACGCUACAUGAAGUGACUGGCAGGAGAGGGAGCUCUGUGCGCUUCCCUCCUGGUCACACGAAUAUUGCUCCUAGACCGAUGCGCCCUAAGGCAGCCUGCUAUGCCACCUUAUGGUUGUUCCUACACCUUGCUCAAAAUUUGCAGUGCGCACAUAUAAUGCAUUUUACAUGGUGUACUCAUGGGAUGAGGCGAUAAGUGUUUUUGUUAUGCUUGUAGCUAUGGCAAACAAUGCUAGCAUGCUUUUUGUAUGGUGAUAACUGACCAUUGUUCCAGGCUUCUGUUGCUUAGGUAAAUGUACACUUUCAAAAAUUUGGGGGAAUAAAGUAAAUACAAAUAUGAUUUGUGAAUCCCGAUACAUUUGUAAUUGAGUGCUUUUGCUUUGAUUGUAAACAAGUUAAUGUGUUUGCAAAAAUAGCAUUCAUCCGUGUAAAAGUUAUUCGAACCAAAAUGUUUGUUUUUGUUUUUUCGUGUUUUUAAUUGUAGUAAACCUUGCUGGUAUGGAACCCCCCCACUCUCCCCUCCUUUAAAAAAAUAAUAAUAAAUAUAUAUAUAACUGCAAUCUCACGUGGAGGUCAAGUUCUCCCUGCAGCCUGAUGCUCUUCCAGUGAUCCAACAAAAAAGGAGGACAACACGGUUGGACUGGUACAAUUAAAAGGCUAUACUUUAAUGAGCCAGAGAUCAGAUUAAUGCAAUGUUUUGUCGGAAGCCUUAAUCCUGUAUACUAUUACAGCGAGCUAAUUCCAAAUAUGUGCACAUAUUUCUAAUUAACAAAGUCGAACCAGUGAGGAACGCCUGUGCUGAGGCUAUAGGGUCGAUCAAGCCCAUUUCCAAUGUGCACCCUCAGUCGUGACAUAUACGGCUUCCAAGACGCCAGUGACCCUUCUCCCUGUUACUGGAGGGGACGACAAUGGCUGGCAGCAUGAAUGGGACACAGUGCCACCAUUUAUACUCUGUUGCCAAUAACGCUGCAGAUAAAUUUUGUAGUUUUAAUUCUACAAAUCAAAAUGAAGCGUUUACAUGACCUUUAUAACAGAUACAACCACACUAAUAGUUGAUGAAUGUCAAAUCAAACUCAAAAAAGUAAGCAAGCAUAAUAGUGCAUUAUUUCUUAACAUGAUUUAAACAUUCAAGUUGUAGUGUGCACACUCACAUUCAUCAGCUCAUGAAGUGUUGGCUCUAAUAUGAAGUGUUUGUGUACCUGUAAGGGUGGUACAUUCUAUGUGUUUUCUUCGUGGUUUGAAAGAGAGCAAGAACAAGCAAACAAAUGGUGCAGAAUACAAAGGAUUAGCAAGUUAAAACAACCCAAACUUGCUCACCUGGUAUACCUAGGUGUAUACAGCUUACAUGUCAAUUAAGGGUGACAUCAAAACCCCCCUCGAUUAAUUAAAGUAAUUAGCAGCGUCCAAGGACUCCAGUAUAGAAUCUAAGCCAAUCAGCAUUUCCUUAUUGAGAUACAUUAAAUCAAGGCAUCUUUCUGGGGAGCAUUCAGCGCCUCAAUGCACACUGCAGCACUGAUACACCUCUAGUGGGCGUCUGUAUGCCUGCCACUAGAGGUUCUACUAGGCACCGAUGUAAACACUGCAUUUUCUCUAAAAGGCAGCAUUUACAUUGAAAAGCCUGCAGGGACAGGCUAUAGACACCAGAAAAACCACAUUAAACUGAAGUGCCUCUGGUGACUAUAGUGUCACUUUUAAUGGCAGAUCAUUUUGUAUACACUAAAACAGGUUCAUUAACCCAUUCAGGAGAGAGCUUCAAAAGCUUGUCUUUCACUUAAUGACAACAGCAUUUUUUGCUGUUUGCGUUCAACUGCAAUUUGCAUUUUACAAAUUUAUUGCACCGACACAUAUUAUAUACCGUUUUUUUUUAAAGGACAGAAAGGGCUUUCAUUUGAUGUAAUGUGUAAUAUAUAUAUAUUAUAUUUUACAGAAAAAUGCAAAAAACUAAUUUUAUUUUAUUUUUUUACAGUUUUUGCAAUAAUGUGUGCACAAUUAGUGCAGGUUAAGGAAAGUAAUUAAAAAUAAAUUCAUUUAGUUGUUCUGAUUUACAGAAUAUAUAAUGUGUCUGGGAUUUUAUUUUAUUUUUUUGGUAGUUACAGGUCACAAAGCACAAGGAGUAAACUAAACUUUUAAUGUGAAUUUGGAAUUUGGUAUGUUUGUCUUGUAAGCUUAAUAGCCAUAAAAGAAAACAAAAUUGCCACACAAAAGUAUAUAUUUAUAUAAAGUAGACAUCACAGGCUAUUUACCUAAGGUUGUUUUGACACUUUCUACGUAGCCAUUUCACCGCCAACCUCUGCUAAAUAUUGGAGUAAAAUUGUGUUUCUUUUGGUUUUUGGCACACAAACUUAUAACAAAGAAAUUCUCAUGUGUAUUUUGUAAAGUUGGUGUGUGCUAUUCCUGUACAAAGUUUUAUUUUGUGUUCAGUUACAUCUGCUGAGUAAAAUGACACCCCCAUUGUAUGUCUAUGGCACUAUUUCGUGAAGCUACAGUGCCAUAUAGGAGACCUGUCCUUUUCAGUAUUCACAGUAGAAUUUAAUGAGCCUAUGCUUCCAUUUGGGGUAUUAUAGUAGUUUGACUGUUCAAAAAAACCCACAAAUGCCUACCAUUUGUAAAAGUAGACACUCCACUCUCAUAAGGUGCAUAUUGUGCCUUAACAAAGUAUGUGGUAAAAAAUAAUUUUGUGCAUUUUUUACAUACGGAUUGCAUUUUGUAUAUUUCAUAUGUGCCACUAAGUUCAAACCCCCCAAAUUAUGCUCAGCUAAGUCUUCUGAGUAAAAAGACACCCCCAAUGAAUGUCUUUGGCACAAUUUCGUGAAGCUACAGUGCCAUAUAGGAGACCAAGCCAUAUCAGCUUUUACCAAAUUUUGACGCUAUGUGCAAUUUCCAAGCAUCUUCGCAGGUUUUAAAUUCAAACUACCCCACAAAGGCCUACCAUUUCUUAAAGUAGACACCCCAGGGUAGGGAUCGACCGAUAUUGAUUUUUUAGAGCCGAUACCGAUACCGAUAAUCUGCGAACUUUCAGGCCGAUAGCCGAUAUCUUGCCGAUAUUCUGUACAUUUACUAUUUUGAAUAAAUAAACUAAUUCGAAAGGUAAAUGCACAAAAUAUACAUGCCACAUGUAGUGGAUGAAGUGUGUUUAGACAGGGGAACUGUGUUUGUUUGUGUAGUGUGUGUGUGUGUGUAGUGGAUGCAGAGUGUGUGUAUAUAAUGUAGUGUGUAUAUAAUGCAGUGUGUUUAUGUAGUGUGUGUAUAAUGCAGUGUGUUUUUGUGUGUUUGUGUAGUGUGUGUUUGUGUAGUGUGUAUGUAAUGCAGUGUGUGUGUCUGUGUAGUGUGUAUGUAAUGCAGUAUGUGUACUGUGUAUGUAAUGCAGUGUGUGUAUGUAAUGCAGUGUAGUGUGUGCAGUGUGUGUCUGUAAUGCAGUAUGUGUGCAGUGUGUUUGUGGUGUGUGUGUAGUGUGUGUAUGUAAUGCAGUGUGUGUGCCUGUGUAGUGUGUAUGUAAUGCAGUGUGUGUGUAUGUAAUGCAGUAUGUGUGCAGUGAUGUAAUUUGUGUAAUUUUUUAUUUUAAUAUUUUUUAUAAUAUUUAAAUGUUUUUUUUUUGUUUAGUCUCCCCCCAGUGUGUGUUUGUGCAGUGUGUGUGUGUGUAGUGAUGUAAUUUGUGUAAUUUUUUAUUUUAAUAUUUUUUUUAAUAUUUAAAUGUUUUUUUUUUUUUUUGUUUAGUCCCCCCUCCCUGCUUCUUACCAGGGAGGGGGAUAUAGUAUCCCCUGGUGGUCCAGUGGCUUGUUAAGUACAGUGGUGGCUCAGCAGCAGCAAGCGCUGACUUACCUUGCAAGCAGCUCCUACAGCUCCCUGUGUAAAUCUCGCGGCUCUUAGUGCCGCGCGGAGCGUUGCCAUGGUAACCCGUGGCAACGCUCUGCGGCCGCGGGUCUCGCGAGAUUUACACAGGGAGCUGCAUGCAAGGUAAGUCAGCGUUUGCGGCUGGCCCCCACAGGACCGCCGGGCUUGUAAUGGGCCCGGCGAUCCUGUUAUAUAUUAUCGGCAAUAUCGGUAUCUGAAUUGGCCGAUACCGAUAUUGCCGAAAAUACCAAAUAUCGGCCGAUAAUAUCGGCCAGACCGAUAAUCGGUCGAUCCCUACCCCAGGGUAUUUCAAAAGGUAUAUUUUGAACCUUAGCGUGGGAUAAUUUUUCCGCUAGCUUGUACCAGGUGUAGUGGUAAUAAGCGUUUUUUUUCUGCCUUUUUUGACAUACAAAGUGAGUUUGCACAGUAUAUUUUGCAAACCUUAUGUGUGCUACGACUGUAGAAUACUUCAUAUGUUGCUCAGCUAUGUCGGCUGAGUACAGCAAUACCCCCGUAUGUACCUUUGCCAGGUAUAUAUGGAUGUUGAAGGGGCGCAUUUGAGACGCAGCCAUUCAUUUUUUUUCUAACUUUGAAGUUUUAUGCUGUGUCCAUGUUCCAAUUUGGAGUAGUUUAGAUGGUUGGUUAUUGAAACUUCCCCACAAACACAUACUAUUUAUUAAAGAAUACACCCUGGGGUAAUUCAAAAGGCAAAUUUUGAACAUUGGCGUGGGAUAAUUUUUUCUCUAGUUUGUUCCUGGUGUAGUGGUAAUGAGCGUUUUUAAAUGUAUUUUUUUUUACUUUUAAAAACUAGUUUUUAAACUUUUGUUUUGUUUAUUUUUUUAAACUUUCUUAAAACUUUUUUACAGAUUUAACAUUUUUCUAAGCUUUUUUUUUUUUUACCGUUAACCCCUAACUAGCAGUAAGCAGCACUAACAGUAAAUUCCCCCCUUUCCCAUAACUCCCACCACCCCAGCUAGCAAAAUAUAUAGUUAUAAAAUAUUUAAAUUAAUUAAUGAAAUAAAUUUUAAUCCCUGAGGGUUAAAAAAAAAAAAGAAUUAACCCUCAGGGGUAAAAAAAAAUAAAAAAAAUCAGAUCAUAGUAAAAUGUAAUCCCUGCCAAAUGAUCACUGUAGUCAGUGAUCAAUUGGCAGGGAAUGGGUUAAUUUUUUAUUAAAAUGGGUAAAGGGGGGUGGGAUUUUAAAUGAAUUUUUUUUUUUUUUUUUCCUACAGGGGGCAGGAUCAUCACUGUUCCGGCUCCCUGCACUUCACACAGAACCAGGAAGUGCAGGGAGGCGGAAGGUAAGUAUACUAAGCACAUGUGCUCGCUCUGACAUGUGGUCAGAGCGAGCACAUGUGCGGGGCAGAUUUAUCGGGUGCUCCCGGUCUGCCUCUAAUACAGAGGCAGACCGGAGCACCAUUAACCCCGCAAUCACCGCUAUAGCGGCGAUCCGGGGUUAAUUUUACCGCGCGACGGACGAGGUCCGUCACUCGUCAUUAUGGGUUUCCCCUGAGUGACGCACCUCGUCAGUCACUCAUCCUGAAGGGGUUAAAGGACCACUCUAGGCACCCAGACCACUUCAGCUUAAUGAAGUGGUCUGGGUGCCAGGUCCUUCUAGGGUUAACCCAUUUUGUUAUAAACAUAGCAGUUUCAGAGAAACUGCUAUGUUUAUCAAUGGGUUAAGCCUUCCCCCUAAUCCUCUAGUGGCUGUCUCAUUGACAGCCACUAGAGGCGCUUGCGUGCUUCUCACUGUGAUUUUCACAGUGAGAGCACGCAAGCGUCCAUAGGAAAGCAUUGUAAAUGCUUUCCUAUGCGACGGGCUGAAUGCGCGCACAGCUCUUGCCGCGCGUGCGCAUUCAGCCCAGGAGGAGGAAUGGAGGAGGAGAGAAGCAGAGCUCUCCGCCCAGCGCUGGAAAAAGGUAAGGUUAACCCUUUCCCCUUUCCAGAGCCGGGCGGGACGGGGACCCUGAGGGUGGGGGCACCCUCAGGGCACUAUAGUGUCAGGAAAACGAGUAUGUUUUCCUGGCACUAUAGUGGUCCUUUAAGCUCAAGUUGUUUUGGUGCUUGGUAUUCCUUUUUUAGGUGUGGUUACAAUUACCAAUAUUUGAAAAGCAAUACAUGUUCUUAGGUAAUAAAAGAGGAACUAGUGUAUCGGAGGGGAAACUUGCACAUACCUUUGUGUAACAAAAUCUCAAGUCUUCUAGCUCGUCUGCUUUACAUGUGUAAAUCCUUUCCCCAUUGCACAGUUUCAUGUGUGGAGAGACCUUCUUAACCUUUUAUGUAGAAGAUACGAAGAUAAUAUGCAUUUACAAUGUGCUCAGCGAUAAUUAGUAACUUGUCUUUCUUCUUCAUUUUAAUGGACCUUACACACAACCCUGGUGAUAUAGUACAGUAUUAGAAAAAUAAUUUGCACAGUAAUGUUUGCUUGAUAUAGUUACCUGAAUGAUUGUCUGCCCAAGGCCACACUUCCAAACAUGCUUUCAGGAGACACUGAACUUUCCUCAGAGAGUUAUUGAUUCAAAGCAUCUCUGCUGAUUGGCCAGGACUGUUUGGCUUGUGUUGGCUCUGCCUCCUUGACAUGCUCCGCCAAUCCAAUGCUUUCCUAUGGGUGUUUUAACACAAUAGGGUCCUGAAUACAUGUUUGUGUUCCUAACCCUGUAGCGUUUCUUUAAAGAACCACUCUAGGCACCCAGACCACUUCAGCUUAAUGAAGUGGUCUGGGUGCCAGGUCCAGCUAGGGUUAACCCAUUGUUUUAUAAACAUAGCAGUUUCAGAGAAACUGCUAUGUUUAUCAAUGGGUUAAGCCUUCCCCCGCUAGAGGCGCUUGCGUGCUUCUCACUGUGAAAAUCACAGUCAGAGCACGCCAGCGUCCAUAGGAAAGCAUUGAGAAUGCUUUCCUAUGCGACCAGCUGAAUGCACACGCAGCUCUUGCCGCGUGUGCGCAUUCAGCCGACGGGGCGGAUCGGAGGCAGAGAGGAGGAGAGCUCCCCGCCCAGCGCUGGAAAAAGGUAAGUUUUACCCCUUUUCCCCUUUCCAGAGCCGGGCGGGAGGGGGUCCCUGAGGGUGGGGGCACCCUCAGGGCACUAUAGUUUUCCUGGCACUAUAGUGGUCCUUUAAUGUUGCAGUGCAUUGUAUUUGUUUGUCAGUGGGUUAGCCAGGUAUGAAAUACAGUUAUAAUUACAGAAGUUAUAGAGAGUGCAAAUAGAUAUAAAUCACACAGUGGAAUUUCUAAGCCAAUGCUUCAAUUCAAUUAUUCACAAGAAAAGUUUAAUGUUAAGAGCCGCUAGACACAAUUAAAAACCUUCACAAGUUUUAAAACGUCACAUAAGACAUAAAAUAAAGUCUGUAUCAGCGCUUAGUUAAUAUACCCCUAUUUUAAAACCUAGGGGUCAACAAAGAAAAUUAAUAAGUAAAGAGUUCCAAUUUCAGUCUGUGUGGGUAUUUUCAAAUGUCCUCAGGGAUUGGUAACUGCAACAAUAACCAAUACUGGAAAUCUGUGUCUUUACAAGUAUCCAACCUUAAAUAGAAAAGAUACUGACAUAGCGUAAUUUUGUUAGUUUUAUUUCCCAUACGAAAAUCCCCUUUAACCCCUUAAGGACACAUGACAUGUGUGACAUGUCAUGAUUCCCUUUUAUUCCAGAAGUUUGGUCCUUAAGGGGUUAAGAAGAACUCCGCUCCGUGGAUGUAAACUUCCAAACCGAUCUUGUGCACUCAGAUCGAUCUUCACAGGAACGCCGGCUAGCAAAUACUGCUGAAAUUACCGCAAAUUCAAAAAUCCCGCCAAAACAUGAUCCACGUGUUUCGCCCGUUAGAUCGGGCUUUCUGAAGAUCUUGAUCGUGCCCGAUCUAACGGGCGAAACGCGUGGAUCAUGUUUUGGCGGGAUUUUUGAAUUUGCGGUAACUACAGCAGUAUUUGUUGUUGUAUUGGUUAUUGUUGCAGUUACCAAUCCCUGAGGACAUUUGAAAAUACCCACACAAAGACUGAAAUUGGAACUCUUUACUUAUUAAUUUUCUUUGUUGACCCCUGUUUUAAAAUAAGGGUAUAUUAACUAAGCGCUGAUACAGACUUUAUUUUAAGAAAUACAGUUAAAUGGAAUCUGUUGUCAAAAGUAGUCCCUCUCUUUCUUAAUACAUUAUGUAGAUAAUGCAGACAAUUCUAAAAAGAUGGAGUAGGGCUGCGCCAAAAUAGUCUUAGAGAGGGUAGGAGGUCUCGCUAGAGUAGCAGUAGAUAAUCAGGGAUACUUGAUAAGACGUAUUCUCUUCAAUGGGAGUGGAUACGUCUCAGGGUGUUAGUUUGUAUAUAUGAAACAGAGAAGAGGCACAAAGCAACCAAUAGUGCAGUAAGUAACAAGAGGUAGAGAACUCACAUUUAAAAGAGCUAUGGCCAGCUCUGGUGUGAAGAGCAUACAGCGGUAUAAUCCCCGCUUAUGGGAUGUUUGAAGAUGUAUCCGUCAGCACCGUCUGGUAAUCUAAAGCUCCAAAGGGAAGAUAAAAGGCAACAAUAGUGCUCUCAAUUGUGAUAAAAUAGAGUAUAAAAGAGUGAUAAGAGUAAUACUCAUAAGUGUAGAGCAGAAACACUGCUCUAUUGAUAUAGCGUUGGUAGUAUGAUCCCAACCUUGGAUUUACUUGGAGUAACAGCGUAGGGCAGGCUUACUGCUCGAUGGGAUCAGCUCUGGUGGUAUCCCUACCUCGGAUUUCUUUUGAUUAGUAGUAAAAAGCCAAGUAGCAAAGGAAAUAUAUUAUCAAAUAUAUUUUUAAAUGGUAAAUAAAAUUUAAAGGAAUUUGGCACAAACCAGGUCUAUUUGUCCAAAAGAAUUCCUUUAUUCAGUAGUAAAAGUAAAUAAACAUCCAAACCGCCGAUGUGGCUUUCUCAAAAUGGGAUAAAAACACCUUGUAAUCCCUCAUAUUGGAAUACAAAUAUUAUUGCCUUCAAAGGUCUGUACAAUUGAGAGAGGUGAUUUACAAACCUCUCUCUCAGUCCAGAUAGAAGCCGGAGCAUUUCAUCCUUGUCUGUGGGUCUCCUCUUAUCCCAUAAAACUAAUUUUUUUUUUUUUUUUUUUUCAUAAGUAGUUUAUGGAAUAAGCAUUUUGUUUCCCAGACGCAGUUAGACUCCCCACGUAAGAAGAAUGGAAUGGCUCCAUAAGCUGAUAACGUGCUAUCUGAACACAACACAGUUUCAUGAAUGGAGUUUUGCUCUGCAGCUGUCAGUUGGUUUCCCAUUUUUAUUUUUAGAUGCAUUAUUUAAAAAUAUAGGGUUCAUGUUAACCCUCAAGUGAUUGGAAUAUUCAGGAAGCCAGUGACCGGUUCCUUGUAUCCAUAGUUGUCAAUUAACUGGCACAUGACUAGCAUGGCAUAGCAGGAGUUUUAGUUCUUUAAUAACUUUAUUUUUUUUCUCUUGGCCACCCCUGCUGUAAAUUUAAAUAGUUCUGUCCCUAGAAAGGUAGUAGCUAUUGUUCUUCAGUUGCAAUGCUUGCUCCCGAAUUUUUUAUUUUUUCCUUAAUGGAUGUAUUCCUUCAGAGAGCUAAAAUGUAUCUAGAAAUUUCUAGUGUGUGUAUGUAUGUAUGUAUGUAUGUAUGUAUGUGUGUGUAUACACACACACAGUAUCUCACAAAAGUGAGUAGACCCCUAUCAUUUUUGUAAAUAUUUUAUAUCUUUUCAUGUGACAACACUGAAUAAAUGACACUCUGCUACAAUGUAAAGUAGUCAGUGUACAGCCUGUAUAACAGUGUAAAUUUGCUGUCCCCUCAAAAUAACUCCACACACAGCCAUUGAUUUCUAAACCAUUGGCAAGAAAAGUGAGUAUACCCCUAAGUGGAAAUGUCCAAAUUGGGCCCAAAAUGCCAAUAUUUUGUGUGGCCAUCAUUAUUUUCCAGCACUGCCUUAACCCUCAUGGGCAUGGAGUUGACCAGAGCUUCACAGGUUGUCACUGGAGUCCUCUUCCAUUCCCCCAUGACGACAUCACAGAGCUGGUGGAUGCUAGAGACCUUGCGCUCCCCCACCUUCUGUUUGAGGAUGCCCCACAUAAGCUCAAUAAGGUUUAGGUCUGGAGACAUGCUUGGUCAGUCCAUCACCUUUUCCAACAGCUUCUUUAGCAAGGCAGUGGUAGUCUUGGAGGUGUAUUUGGGGUUACCAUGUUGGAAUACUGCCCUGCGGCUCAGUCUCUGAACAGAGGGUAUCAUGCUCUGCUUCAGUAUGUCACCGUAUAUGUUGACUUUCAUGGUUUCCUCCAUGAACUGUAGCUCCCCAGUGCCGGCAGCACUCAUACAGGCCCAAACCAUGAAACUCCCACCACCAUGCUUGACUGUAGGCAAGACACACUUGUCUUUGUACUCCUCACCUUGUUGCCGCCACACAUGCUUGACACCAUCUGAACCAAAUAAGUUUAUCUUGGUCUCAUCGGACCACAGGACAUAGUUUCAGUAAUCCAUGUCCUUAGUCUGCUUGUCUUUAAAAAAACUGCGUGCUUUCUUGUGCAUCAUAUUUAGCAGAUGCUUCUUUCUGGGAUGAAUAAGAUGUCGGAAGGUAAAUUAAUGUUGCCUAACAGAAAUUGUUGUAGACCCAUAGAAUAACUUUCCAAAAGAUGGUAAGGAAAGUUCAACAAUGAAAGCUUGAGAGAGAUCCACUGCUAUCCUCUGAAAGUUAAAAAAUGUGCCCACGCACAUUGUUGUGAAAAACUAGUCUUGUUCAGGGUAGUAUUGAAAUACUGAUCAAAUCACAGAAUACCUUUAAUCCAUGGACUGCUCAUAUUUUACUUUAUUCUAAUUAAAACUUUGUCUACUGACUAUUUUUGACUGUCUCCAUAUCUUCAAAUAGUGGCCAAAUACUGUAUGUUUAAAAUAUAGUCUUGUUAGUUAAUGUUGUUUUUCUUUUCUUGUGCAGAUCUACGUUUACCAUGAUAUCCAUUCCAGACUUCUACAAGGGAAAGAAUGUUCUCAUCACAGGAGCUACGGGCUUCAUGGGAAAAGUACUUCUCGAGAAACUCUUGCGAUCAUGCCCUGGUGUCAAGGCAGUCUACGUUCUCGUCAGACACAAAGCUGGUCAGGAACCCAAGGACAGAGUCACAGAAAUGUUGAGUUGUAAGGUAGGUUGAGAACUAUAGGAACUAUUUUUUUUUUAUUUUCCUUUUUUUUUUUUCCUCUACAGAAUACAUUGGAAUUAUACAAAGUAAUAAUUGCAUGUGUAUUCUAUGGAUGCAGUUAAGAGAUUAAGACUACUUUGACCUUUAUUUUGUGGAACGAGAAGAUGUUAAUGCUAAGUAUCCUGCUCUCUCAAACACAUUGCUCAGUGAGGCACAGUGUUAGAUUAAUGAAUACAUAUUAUGGCAAAUUUUGCCUUUCAAAGACCACAUGCAGUUAUUGACUAUUUUACUGUUUGUAAAAGUCCCAAAAAAUGGGGUCUGUUACAAAGGUACCUUCAAGUUUGGCUUUAAAGGGAACCUAGGGUGCAAAUUACAAAAGUAACUAUAAUAAAAUACAAUUCAAACUAACCAAGAAUUAAAUCCAUUAAUAAUAAUAUUAAUAACAACAAACUAAACAAAACACAUGAUGCAAAUAUUUGAAAUACAUAUUUGUUUUCCAACACACCUUUUCUUUAUUGUGCCACUACACCAUUGCCUCUCAAUUCCGUCAGGAAGUAUUGAGGCAGUGAACACAAAUGCAACAUUGUGUUGUAAUAAUAUGAGAAGCUGUACAUGCAGGCACAAUGCAGUAGUACACUAGGAAUGGCUAUGAUAUCUCCUAUAUUGCCUGAUUAAAAAGGACAUUCUAAUGAAGCAGUUUUGGUGUAUAGCUCAUGCCCCAUGCAGUCUCACUGCUCAUUUCUCUGACAUUUAGACAAGUCCCUUUGUUUAUGCUGCCAUAGCUUUGCUCAGAAAAGGUAACGUCAUGGUACUAAACAGAGGUUUUGAAAUAUAAAAAGAAAAUCUACUUGCCCAAGGGACAAAAGCACUAGUCUCAUAUACUUGUCCAUUAUGACAAUCUACAUGUUCUAACACACACACACACAAGUUUAGAUUGGGCACAUUUUGGGGAUUUAGAUCUAAAUGGUAAAACUCUCCAGCUUUAGUCACACAUUUUUCACACAUUAAACCUGAAUGGAAAAACUGAGUUUCCUGAAUAACCCUGAGUGUCUGUCUCAUCCUCUGCCACCUGAAGUAAUUUCUUCUGUCCUCCAUGUGGUGCGUGUGUUUUGUCUGUGCAGAUUGUGUUUAAUGAUUCAUGUGCAAGGUGGAUGUUUAAUGGCUGGGUUUGAUGUGUGUGCCUCGCCCCUUUACUUUCUGCGGACAGAGGUGUACUUUGAUUACUGGUGAUCUCUGCCAUAGUAGUUACUCAUUCACUGUCUGGCGCCUACCAGGUCAACAUGCAUGCUGGGAAUCCCGGCGACUGCGCCCAACCUCUCUAGUGAGUGGCAGGCCUGCAAGGAAGCUAUUACUGUGGUCUGUAACCACCGGAGGUGCAAACCACGUGCUUCCUGCCCCAGUCCGGUCCUCCCCAUGAUCAGCUUUGCCACUUGCCGACAGCAGGGCAAGAAGCCAUAUUGUCAGCUGGGAAAUUGUAUUUGGAAUAUAAUAGUGGCUAAAAUAGCAGUGAUUAGAUCUUAGUUGUUUAAUGUUUCCAAAUCUGUUGUUUUUGCCUAAAUGGUUUUUUUUUUUUCGUCUUCUCUAUUUCAAUGUGUCACAGUUCAGAGUUUAGUGAAUAAAAAAAACUCUUAGUUUAAAUGCAGCAAGGUGAUCGGUAUCUUGAAGAGAAGAGCACAGCUAUCCAAAGCCCUGGCCUCAUUCCAUGAUCUAAUUUUGUCAACUAGGUUUCCAAAUGCUUAAUUGAAAUCUGGCUGCUUUCUAUUGCAUAUUCAAGUAACGCUCCUUCCUUUCAUACAAUAAAUGUGCAGUUGUUCCAACUCCAUUUUCUCUGUAACAAUACUGAUGCAGCUACAGAUUCCCAUUACAGAUCUGUCUUUGUUGAAAAUACAUCUGAACGGAAAGUACCCAAAUACAUCCCAGAAAGCGUCCAUUUUGUUAGAUUGUGUGUGACGUUAUGAUGUAUUUGUGUCUAUUAAUAUAUAUAUAUAUAUUGAUAUAAUAAUUAAAGGGACACUCCAGUGCCAGGAAUACAAUCAGUUUUCCUGGCACUGCAGGUCCCCUCUCCCUCCCACCCCCCAUCCCCGGUUGCUGAAGAAAUGGAAACUCCUUCAGUCACUUACCUGAGACCCCUGUCGAUGUCCCUCGGCGGUGGUUUCUGCUUGCUGCCGCGCCUCCUCUUCCUUACGUCAACCAGUGGGCGAGACUGAUCCCGCCCGCCGGCUGAGGAGACCUAAUGCGCAUGCGCGGCAAUGCCACACACGCGCAUUAGAGCUCUCCAUAGGAAAGCAUUGAAAAUGUUUUCAAUGCUUUCCUAUGGGGAAUUGAGCGACGCUGGAGGUCUUCGCACAGCGUGAGGACGUCCGCCGCUCUAGCAUAGAAAACCUGUGCUAUAGACACAGAAGUGCCCUCUAGUGGCUGUCUUGUAGACAGCCACUAGAGGAGGAGUUAACCCUGCAAGGUAAUUAUUGCAGUUUAUAAAAAAAACUGCAAUAAUUACACAUACAGGGUUAAGGGUAGUUGGGAGUUGGCACCCAGACCACUCCAAUGGGUAGAAGUGGUCUGGGUGCCUACAGUGUCCCUUUAACGGAAGCAGCAGUGGAAGUAUAAUUCACUCUAAUCUUUCUGGCUGCUUCAGAUUAUAGGCCCUUUGCAUUGAAUGUUAUCAGUCAAAACAUGCAUUACAGUAAAAAAUCAAUGGAUGAGAUCACACAUCAUGCAUUGACUGUAAUUCCCACUAAUAUUGGCUUGGACAUAUGUUCUGGUUUAGCAGUGAGAUUAUGUGCCCUUGUCACUCAAACUGCCCAUUGCAGAAAGUAAUACAGAGAUUGCCUUGUCAAAUGGAGUUUUAUACAUAUAUUGUUUGGGUCAAAAUAGAAAUCUGCACGUUCAGUAUUGGCGGAAUAUGCUGUAACCUGUAGCCAGAGGUGCUCCUACGGCCGUACGUGCAGUCGAGCCAAUAUAAAGAUUUCUGAGAUGGCGCAUGACCUGUGAUUCUGCCUGUUAACACUUUAAUUUUAGUUUCUGAUGACAACUGUAACAAUUAUAACCUGCUUCUAUAUACAUCAAAUGUUCCGAUAUUUUCUAAGCAUGGUAUAAUAUGUAUCGCACUGGCAUGACCUAGAUGAACAACUGCAGCUCAUGACAUGGAAAGAUUUCAGCGUUAAAUAUAACCUCUAGACCAUCUAUGAGAUGAUACGUUCAAGCUCCAAUUUGGAUUCUCUGAAGGGCAGAUGAUUAAUUAGCCCUGAAUAGAAUAUGUACAGUGUACAGCCGUACCUGUCUGACAGUGCCUUAAAGUUUCAUUUUGAGCAUCUUCCUCUGUGGUAGGUUAUUUUAUCCGCCGUCUUGGGUGCAGUUUUUGUCAAACCUUUUUUAAAAAUGUGUGCUGCUGCUGAGAAUGCAUUUCAUUUGAUUGUUCUCUAGUUUCCUACUUUCCAAGGGAAGGGAUGAGGUAAGGCAGCAUUGAGUUUCAUUAUUUAAGCUAAUCACAAGAAGCUCAUUAAACAGAUCCUCACUAAUUCUAUCUGUUCUCCCAUGUCCCAGUUGACGACCGUACUGGCGGUUAGAACAAACUUUAAACCUUCACCCACAGUCCACUGGUAAUGGUGAUAAGGGAAACCCUUGGGGGUUGGAGAAAAGUGCCCAGCACAUCAGAUAUUUUGCUUACACCUUAUUUGUGGGGGUUGAGAACAGCAGGAGCAAUAAUUUUGGCACUCAAAUGGUUAAUGGGGAAUUUCAUUAAUAAAAAAUUUGUAUGUAGUGGAGUACCUCACAAUUGUUAUACAAACAAAACAAAAAUGAAUAAUUUGUACAAAACCAUUAUUUUUCCUUUGUGCACAAGUAUAUUAUAUAAGUAAUGCAUUCAAAAUGAAAGCCUCUAAAAAUACUCACCCUUUAGCGUUUGUUUCAUCUUUGUCCAGACGAUUGAAAGUAUCAACACUUGUCAGACAAGCCACCACUUUAUUUGUGUUCAGCAAGGCUUUAUGGGACAUGUAGUUCUGUACUUUAUUAUAAAAUGUGAUUGAAGGCUUGUUUUGAGCAGGGUCCUCAUCAAACUAUUGCUCCUGUAACAUUUUGUAAUUAUCUCAUUUAUUGUAAAAUUUCCCUCUUUAUAUAAUAUUGUAAAUUGCUGUGGAAUAAAUUGGCACUAUAUAAAUACUUAUAAUAAUAAUAAUAAUAAUAAUAAUUGAAAUGCUGGCAAGACAUCAAGGAAACUUUGGUGGCUGUACCUCUUCUACAUUUAUAUGUGAAAUAUGAAUGUGGAAUGAUAAUGGCCAAAUACUGAAAUGUAUAUUACUUUUUUUUUUUUUUUUUGUGCCAAUACCUUACAUGGAGAGAAAAAAAUAUUUGGUAAACCUCCAAUGCUGUCACUCUGUUUAUUGCUUUGUAUGGCAAGAUGGUGUUUUAGCGUGUAGAGGGGUGUGUAACCUUUAAUCUUUAAGACAUAUAUCUGGAGGCAUGCAAAUAUUUACUAAGGAUUAAAACACCCUGGGCGUUGCGUUCAUUAAACACAAACCCUUUCUUUGAGAUGUGUUUAGUACUUGCCUUGUUACAGUACUUUUAAUUACGUCUGAAAUCACGCCAGUCCUCUGUAGCAUGAACACUUGUAAUAGCAAUUACCUUAACGGUGUUCACACCACAUAGGCUCCUAAACAAGGUAUAACCACUUCGUAUUUUGAUCAGAUAUCCGUGCUUAGUUUGUAUGCAAGCAACUGCGGGAACUAUAAAUGUAUAAUGCAUUCAAAUGAUCAUCAGGAAGCAAACUUUGUAAGUGAAGGCGCACGGUUGAUAAACACACCAGCUAUAUUCUCUAUAGCCCAUCUUGAAAUUGCAUGUUUUAUUCCUGACCGGGUAGGCGUAUACAAUUAGCAUAAUCUGUUUGGGUAAAAAUGUCAAGAACCCUGGAUGAACAUUAAAGGGGAACUGUCCAUUCUCUGGAUUGUUAACAUUUGUUAAUUGUUACUUACCCUAUAUUUAAUAAAUAUUUACUUGUGAUGUGUGAAAACAUAACAUUUAAUAUAGAAAUCCACACAUCUAUAUCCAUCUUAGCUCCCUGACAAUCACCGUCGUAAGUUUAACAUUGGCACUGGGCAGUCAGCAUCGAGAAAGCAUUCAGAGAAGACUAGAAGUUAAACGAUAUUGCGAUUUCUUUUCUUCAUUUGCAGUGCUUGCCCUGGCCUUUUUUUUUUAUUUUUAUUUUUUAUUUUUUUAAACUUUUCGAUGUCAUUUGUGAAGUCUUUAACCCUGAUCACUUCUGCUUUUUUUUUUUUUUUAAUUAUGAUCAUGGUGAUUUGGAGUCUUUAUGGACAACGUUUCUGCUGCUUAAAACACUGCACAUACUGAUAUAUUUGCAUUUGUUCUUCAGGGCUUUCUAAUACAAAUACCAAAUACGGCACAUAUUACACACGCACUAGUCAUUCGGAACAAACUCUAACAGAGGGGGAAACACUGGUUUAUUCAAUUGUUUUUUUUUUUUAUUUUAAAUUUUUUUUUUAUGGGGGUUGAUAAUUUUGAUUAAAACUGUAUGCCCAAUGCUCUAGCAUGAACUCCAAUCUAUAAUGAACAGCACAUGUAGAUUGCCAUGAUGGACAAAUAGAUCGGGCUACCGCUUUAGUCCCCUGGCCAAGGAGAGUGUUUGUUUUUUAUACAUUUCCUCACCUGUGUGUGUUUUACCAUGGGAUGGUGCCUGGCACCAUAAACAAUACAGCAGACAUGAAAUAACAUCUCUGUUAUAAUAUACUAUAUAAUAUACUAUCUAAAGAUAUUUAAAUACAAAAAAAAUUUACUUUGCUUCUUCGGUUUUGCUGAGCAGUUCUCGGACAUUAAAGUGGAUUAAAGCUGUAUGUGGUUGUAUUGUAGCGUUUUCUAGUAAAUUUCACUAGAAGCAGAGGUUGGGGAGUGAAAAUUUAGCCCUGGUGAUUUAACUUUUAAAGUGUUCCAUGUACACCACAGUGCAGUUUAAAAGCAGCAUUUCAUUAACCGUUGCUACACUGGUGACGUGUUCAGGCAUCUACGGUGGCAUUAAAGAAUAAUGUGUGGGGCGUUGGCACUUGGAAAUUUUGUAAAAAUUGUAGAAAUCCACCAGUUGGCCAGCAUCCCACACCCAAAUCAGGCACUUUGUGUGGGGAGUCUUAAGAAUCUCUGAUUUAUAUGGUGGGUAGAGGGAUAACAAACAAGUUCUUCUUAAAGUGGCUCUGUCAUUAAAAAAAUAAAAUAAAUUUAUUUAAUCUGUUUCUGUACGAAGAAAAGGUAAUAAAUAUAAACCGUGACAAGGAGUGUAGUAUAAUCAUUUUAAGAUUUAUUAUUAUUAUUAUUGCCACUUCAGAUUCUGUAGCGCUCUUCAGUAUUAUGAGAGAGGGGAUUUAACUAUAAAUAGGACAAUUACAAAAAACUUACAGGAAUGACAGGUUGAAGAGGGCCCUGCUCAAACAAGCUUACAGUCUAUAGGAAUUGGGGAAAUAGCAAUCAAAUAAGGUGGGAGUGAAGCAGAGCUGGAGGAGAGCAGAGUGCUGCCCUUUAGGAGAGAGCAAGAGUAUGUGGGGGCAUAAGCUUUCCUCAAGAGAUGGGUUUUAAGGCACUUCUUAAACGAUUGAAGACUAGGGUAGAGUGUGAUGGCGGUAGACAGGCUAUUCCAUAGGAAGGGAGCUGCCCGCGAGAAGAUCUGCAAGCGUGAGUUGGCUGUACGGGUGCGAGCAGCGGACAGGAGAAGGUCACGGGCAAAGCGGAGAUACCGAGAAGGGGCAUACCUAUGGAUCUGUGAAGAGAUGAGGGGCUAGAAUUGUUCAGUGCUUUAUAGGUAUGGGUUAGCACUUUGAAUUGACUCCUAUAGGAAACAGGAUGCCAAUGUAAGGACUGACAAUCCAUGCAGGAAAUUACUAGAGCAUGGACAAGCUCUUUGGUACCAUCUUCAUUUGAAGGGUGGCGGAUGCGGGCUAUGUUUUUACGAUGGAAUCUGCAGGGUUUGGUAACAGUCUGGAUAUGAGGCUCAAAGGUGAGACUAGAAUCAAAUGACACCAAGACAGCAUGCUUGCAAUGAUGGACUGAUGUGGGUACCACUCAGUUGAAGGGAGAGCGACAAGAGGAGAGAUAUAGCUGGGUGUCAUAAGCGUAGAGGUGGUAUUGGAAUCCAAAUGAGGCAAUAAGUUUGCCAAGAGAGGCAAUAUAAAGAGAAAAUAGAAGGGGACCAAGGACAGAGCCUUUGAACUCCAACCGAGACAGUAUGAAUGGAGGAGGUAUCAUUAGAAAAGGAGACACUGAAUGAGCGUUGGGAGAGACAGAGAACAAGUGAUUUGAAGAUUUUGAAGGAGAGCAUGGUCAACGGUGUCAAAGGCAGCAGAGAGGUCAAGAAGUAUUAGUAUGGCGUAGUGGCUUUUGGAUUUAGGACAUUAGUAACUUUGAUAAGAGCAGUCUCCGAGUGGAAUGGGCGGAAGCCAGAUUGAAGAGGGUCAAGGAGAGAGUUGGAAUUGAGGAAGUGAGACAUACGAGUAAAGACAAGUCUUUCCAGAAGCUUUAAAGGUAAAAAGGGAGUAGGCAUAUGGAACGAUAGUUAGAGGGGGAGGACAGGUCGAGGGAUUUUUUAAUCUUUUUUUCAGGGUAGGUACUACAGUAGCAUGUUUAAGGUCAGCAGGAACAAUGCCAGAAGAGAGAAAGCAGUUGAAGAUGUGUGCUAAGGAAGGCACAAGACAAGGGGAGAGAGAUCUGAUAAGCUGAGAUGGGCAAGUGGUGGGGCGAGAGGAAAGGAGAAGCGCAGCCACCUCUUGUUCAGUAGCCGGGGAGAAAGUCUGAAGGGUAGGAAAUGCAUGAUCUACAGUCGAGUCCAUAAAUAUUGGGACAUCAACACAAUUCUAAUGUUUUUGGCUCUAUACACCACCUCAAUGGAUUUGAAAUUAAAUGAACAAGAUGUGCUUUAACUGCAGACUUUCAGCUUUAAUUUGAGGGUUUUUACAUCCAAAUCAGGUGAACUGUGUAGGAAUUACAACAGUUUGUAUAUGUGCCUCCCACUUUUCAAGGGACCAAAAGUAAUGGGACAAUUGGCUGCUCAGCUGUUCCAUGGCCAGGUGUGUGUUAUUCCCUCAUUAUCCCAUUUACAAGGAGCAGAUGAAAGGUCCAGAGUUCAUUUCAAGUGUGCUAUUUGCAUUUGGAAUCUGUUGCGGUCAACUCUCAAUAUGAGAUCCAAAGAGCUGUCACUAUCAGUGAAGCAAGCCAGGGUUAGGAUGAAAAAACAAAACAAACCCAUCAGAGAGGUAGCAAAAACAUUAGGUGUGGCCAAAUCAACUGUUUGGAACAUCCUUAAAAAGAAAAAACGCACCGGUGAGCUCAGCAACACCAAAAGACCUGGAAGACCACGGAAUACAACUGUGGUGGAUGACCGAAGAAUUCUUUCCCUGGUGAAGAAAACACCAUUCACAACAGUUGGCCAGAUCAAGAACACUCUCCAGAUGUGAAUACAGAGGGUUCACCACAAGAUGUAAACCAUUGGACGGACGCACAUGCUAAACGCUCCGGUGUCAGCUGGCAUAAUCUAAACCCUAACGACAACCUACCGCGCUUGAAACGGCAUAUCAGACCGAGGGGGCUAAUCUGCAGUCGAAGCGGCACCUAACGGUACACAAAUCUUGAAGUUACAACCGCAGAAACCGGGGCCUAGCAGUGCGGCCUACUAUGCACCGAGACCAACAACUGGGCUGUGGGGGAGACGGCCGCUCUCCUGGGGCCACACUAAGCUACAACUUCUGCUUGGGUCCCUGUCCCCCCCCCCCCCCCCCAUGGACCAGCGGGGGUCAUCCCGGUCCCCACCAACCCAGGGCAAAAGACAUCACAGGCCCCGGCUAUAUCCUGCAGCCUGAACAACACUGCCAGUAGGCCACACAAGAUGGUGUCCACGGCUCAGUGGCAGAAGCUAGCCCAUCAUAGCAGCCAAAGCAAUCACCUAGAGGAGCAGUAUGCUGAGCGACUAGACAGGAUCUAUCAAAGGUUCUGGGAGCGUUUGGAGCAACGCUGCGGGCGGGAACAGCCUGACCCGGUGGGAACAGUAAGGAGGGACGAGGUGCGGAGCUGGGAAAGACCUCCAUCGGGCAAACCCCACAGAGCUACUGUCGCAGCCCGCUCCACAAUCCUUCCUGGGCCGAAGGCCUCCCGGAGGAAACCUCCACGGCACCGACCACACCGCCUGAAGCCCUACCGUUGCACGCGACGGCAAAACACCCGAGCUCUCCAUGGCACCCAUCAGAGGGUAGACCAGGCCUCAGCGACGAGACAGUCUGUAGAUCGCAGGUGCUGGCCUUCAUACCGGCCUAGGGCUGGAGUGCUCACCAACCUCUUGCUAACUUGUCCAGUUCAGGGUACCGACCUCCCAAGCAGAGGUAUCAGCUGAUGGAUGGCUCGUUGGCCCGCAGCCCCACUUCAUACCGCCCACGGUCAAGAACUCUCUGGGACACCGCUUGAAAUGUCCGUACGGAUACACUUAAUUGAGCCCCCACCGAGCAGCCACGUUAACUUUGGUGUCUUCUUGAAUAGAGUUCUCUAGACUGGCUCCGGAAGAUUGGUGGGUUACCCAACGUGAUUCUCAACAUGACCAGCAACUCCACUAGCAACUCACACCAGGACAUUGCUUACUAGACCCUUAUGCAGCCCACCAGUGGGUUCAAUCACACUAAACCGCUAAACUCCUCACCGGUUUCAUCCCUCACACUUGCCUUAAGCUAAGAGCAGGUUGAGUAAUCUCCCAAUGCAGUACUAUAUAGUUAGGUUUAGCCUAUGUGAAUAAGCUUAAUAUACUCAAAUGCACCUAACGGAUUGGCUGAGUUUAAGUGACACCGUGAAACUCCACGCAUGAGUCUUAUUUAACUGGUUUUUGUAUCACAUAUACUGUUAUAAACACUGCCUCAGCACUGCUUACAUAAUACUGUAUUAUAGUUAUAGGCAGACCUUUAUCUCUCUUUAAAGCAUGUUCAGUAAGCCACUAUAGCCCGGCCUGUUAUGUUUAUAAUGUAUUGACCUAGUAUGUUUCACCCAAUUCAGCACAGAGAUGGGAGACUUUUUUGGUUUGUGAGUCGCAGAUGCAUGUUAGCAGAGAAAACAGGUGACACCGUUACCUAUCACGGCUUUCUGUACGUAUCAUUAAAUGCUUAGGCUACUCAUAGAGUGAGGUCGGGCCACAGACUAGGACAAGCUUGACCAUCAUCCAGCUACAUCUCUAGAGACCCCUGUAAAACACACGCAGACCUCAAGGCAGCAACAUAACUGUGCACUGAAUAUUGGUUAACCUCGCACUAACAUAUUCAUGAUAGGAAACCGGGUGUCUCAUCUACACUGCCUAGUCUCCAUGCCAGGCUACAGAUAUGACCAAGUUUUGUUUUAUGUUAUUACCAUGCAGUUACGUAUUUGCCAUUAACCUAUCUACUAAAUAUCUAAAAUGAGGCAGACGAUUAUCUGAGGUGAUAUAUGCUGAGCUGUAACGAUCCCUACAUGUAUGCAUUUUUAUCAUCUCCCUCUCUACAUUCUGUACCCGUGCAAUUUUAAGCCCCAAAUAAAAGAUUUACAAAAAAAAAACAUUGGUGAGCCUCAAACAGGAAGGCCAGAUUAGAGUUUGCCAAACAACAUCUAAUAAAGCCUUCACAGUUCUGGAACAACAUCCCAUGGACAGAGGAGACCAAGAUCAACUUGUACCAGAGUGAUGGGAAGAGAAGAGUAUGGAGAAGGAAAGGAACUGCUCAUGAUCCAAAGCUUACCACCUCAUCAGUGAAGCGUGGUGGUAGUGUCAUGGCAUGGGCAUGUAUGGCUGCCAAUGGAACUGGUUAUCUUGUAUAUAUUGAUGUGACUGCUGACAAAAGCAGCAGGAUAAAUUCUGAAGUGUUUUGGGCAAUAUUAUCUGCUCAUAUUCAGCCAAAUGCUUCAGAACUCAUUGGAUGGCGCUUCACAGUGCAGAUGGACAAUGACCCGAAGCAUCGUGCAAAAGCAACCAAAGCGUUUUUUUUUUAAGGGAAAGAAGUGGAAUGUUAUGCAAUGGCCAAGUCAAUCAUGUGACCUGAAUCCGAUUUGAGCAUGCAUUUCACUUGAUGAAGACAAAACUGAAGGGAAAAUGCCCCAUGAGCAAGCAGGAACUGAAGACCAUUGCAGUAAAGGCCUGGCAGAGCAUCACCAGGGAUGAAACCCAGCAUCGGGUGAUGUCUAUGCGUUCCAGACUUCAGGCUGUAAUUGUCUGCAAAAGAUUUGCAACCAAGUAUAGAAAGUGAAAGUUUGAUUUAUGACGGUUAAUCUGUCCCAUUACUUUUGGUCCUUUAAAAGUGGGAGGCACAUAUACAAACUGUUGUAAUUCCUACACAGUUCACCUGAUUUGGAUGUAAAUACCCUCAAAUUAAAGCUGAAAGUCUGCAGUUAAAGCACCUCUUGUUCAUUUAAUUUCAAAUCCAUUGUGUUGGUGUAUGAAGCCAAAAAUAUUAGAAUUGUGUUGAUGUCCCAAUAUUUAUGGACCAUGACUGUAUGUGAGGUUGAGAACGAGAAAGGCAGGGUGGGGAGAAUUCUUUCCUUAGCUGUUCAUACAUUGGGGAUAAGGAUAACCAAAAAGAAAGACAAGCCCACUUUAAUCCUUUUUAUAAAUGUAGGUUUUCAGGAACACUUGAAAAGCUGGGAAAUAUUAUCACAGCAAAGUAAAGAACAACAAACUAGUCCAGUAACUUUUAUUAAAUGUAAAAUGAAAGUUAAUGUAGUAGAAGUUUUGCAGUGACUGGCAACCUUUAGCAAUGGCUGUAGGAUAGGAUUUGAAAUUGUGAGGCCUACUAGGACAUUCUACAAUAACAAUUAUCUUUAUUUUCUUCCUUUUAACUUCCUAUAGUUGUUUGACCGGCUGAGAGAGGAGCAGCCAGACUGUGCCAAGAAAGUUAUUGCAAUAAGCAGUGAACUCACACAACCAGAGCUAGAUCUAAGCAAGCAAGACCAGGAAACGUUAACAGAGACUAUAGAGAUUGUUUUCCACUGUGCAGCUACAGUCCGGUUCAAUGAAUCUCUUAGGUAUGUUCAGUUUUCUAGACUUCAUGUAAAUACAUUGGAUAUAUUUCAAAAUGUCACUAAUCGUUUGCUUUUUUUCUUGUGUGCUUGCGCGCAAAUUCUUGGUGCAAUGUAUUACAUCUGUCAUAUUUUUUUCUGUUGCUGUUUUGUACCCUAACCCCAUAACCAUCAUGUUUGUGAUAAUUUUAUUUUUUACCCUUUUUUCUGACCAAAAAGGUUGUAUUUUUUUCUUUUUCCUGCCACUCUAAAUUUGGUGGUCUGAAAUGGAAAUGCUGUUAAAAAUUAUUGGAAUUUGUUAUAAAGAAAUCAGUCACUUUUAUAACACUAUGAUCAAACUAAUGAACUCUCUGAUAAAUAUCCCAAAAUGGUAUCUGCAAUUACACUGACUUUAUUAACUGAUUUCUCAGUUCAGUCACAUUAAUUGUGUUUGCAUACUAAAACUAAAAGGGUUUUUGAGUCCUUGGAACAUAAUUAAUUUUAUUAGUUUAAAAGAACACUUGACGCACCAUAACCACUAAAGUGUGCUGUAGUGAUCCUGUUGCAAGAGUCAAACAUUUAAUAACAUUCUGGGUUGUGCCAGGCUCUGCUACCCACUUUCUCUCUGCUGGGAGUUCUCUUUAAGUCAAGCCUGGCAGUGCUGGGCUUAGCUCGUUGGUUGAGCGUGAAAACCGGCUGCUCCCUGCUAAUGAGCUGGCCCUGCAUUACAGGGAUUAGCCUAGGAGAGUUACACAAAGAACUGUGGAGCGUGGACCCCAGGUAGGAAGUCAAGACUUUGCUAAAGAAUGUGGCACUCUUAACCUGGCAAUGUGUGUGAUAUAUUUGCUAUGUGAAAUGGUUGCCACAGGAGUUAAAUUCAAAGCACUGGGGCAAACCUGCAACAAAAUACCUUUAUCUUUAUUAGAUAAAGCAUUAUCCAACAUAUUCAAGAGGUGUGGUAAAAUCCACCAUGGGGUUUAAUUUCCUUUAUGACAGACCUGCAGUUGAUGUUUCAGUAGGUUUUUUUUUUUUUUUUUGCUUUGUUUUUAGACACUGUUGUGUACUGUGUAUUUCAUGUGGGUUUCCCCCCUCUUUAUUUAAUGUGUAGGUUUUUAGUUUAAUCAGAACUGAGACCUACUUUUUUUUUUUUUUCCAUGGUUAACAAUGUCUUUCUUUCUGCAUUGUAUUCAGUUAGUUACAUUGUGUAUUAUCUCUCGCAGAGAUGCCAUGCAAUUAAAUGUCAUUGCGACACAACAAAUGCUUCAUCUGGCCCAGCGAAUUAAAAAACUGGAAGUCUUCAUUCACGUAUCCACUGCCUACGCAAACUGCAACAGGAAACACAUUGAAGAAAUUGUCUAUCCACCCCCAGUUGAUCCCAAGAAACUCAUUGAAUCGCUUGAGUAAGCUCAUCCUUUGCCAUAUUUUCUGUCUGUUCUGUAUGGUGGCUUUCAGUAAUGUCCAUGAUUUCAGAUGUAGUGAUUACAGCUUAAGGAACACUCUUUAUUUUUUAAUAUUAGUAAAUAUACCCUCUAAGAGAACCCUUUAUUUAGUUUUCCCUUCAGUUAUGAAGUGACUAUUUUUUAAAUUGACACUUAAAUAAAUUGUCAAGAAAUGGCACGAUUUAUUAUACUAGGUAAGAGUUCAAGGAAACUUCCAGUACUGAUGCAAGAGAGCAACAUCAAAAGUUAAGCCUGUUCUUUUAGACUAGCAAUUGCAAGAACAUGUAUAAUAAAUUGCCAUAUAAAUUGUGUCAUUGAGUUGAGCAAUAUUUUCCAUUGUUAACUAUGUUUUUGUGCAUUUUUUUAUGUAUAUAUUUCGCAGUGGAUAUCUGACACGUAAUUUAUAUGGUAACUUAUGAUAUACAUCCAUGGAAAUCUUGCAGCUUAAUUAAGUGGUCUGGGUGCCAGGACCAUCCAGGAUUAACCCUUUCUGCUGUAAACAUAGCAUUUUCAUAGAAACUGCUAUGUUUACAUUAGUGUUAAUCAAGCCUCUAGUGCAGGGGUAGGCAACCUUUUAGCAGCACUGUGCCGAUAUAGGAUUGUGUUGUCCCGUAGCGUGCCGAUCCUAUUUUUUUUUAAAUUGAGGUGUGUAUGCUGCAGUAAUCUGCUUGUUAUUUUUACUGUAAUUGCUUUGUAUCGUUGUAUUUGUGCGUAUAUGAGCUAUUAUAUUGUAUAUGUUCAUUAGUAGUUUAUGGUAUUGUGUAUGAUACAUAUGAAUGUGGGCUGUGUAUGAGGGCUGCUUGUGGAAUUGUGUGUGGAUGGAUAUGUCACAUUGUGUGAUGGUAGUGUGUGUGGGCUGUUUGGGGUAUUGCAUGUGAAAGGCUGCAUGUGGGGUUGUGUGCAUCUAUGUAUAUUGUUUGUGGGGAUUGUGUGUGUGUGUGUGUGGGGGGGGGGGGGGGGGGCUGUUCAUAUUUGUAUGUGGGUAGGGUUAUUCUACAUUUCUGUGUAUAUCUAGCAGUGUGGGUGGGUUCCAGUGGGGACCAGGCUGGCCAGGUACAGGUCAAGGACAGGAGCUUCGAUAGCUGUCGAGGGCUGCUCUACUACAGUGUGGAUUCCCAUUCACAAGUGCUGGGCGGAAGUGAUCUGAGAUCACUUCCUCUAUGUGCUGCAAUGCAAAAAUUGAGGAUUGUCCUUCACCACCUCUUCGCAGAUAUCUGAAGUUUUACUAGGACUCCUGAUAGGCCAGAGUGCGUUUGGCUCUAGCAGCCUUGAGUGCCGUGCAUGGCACUAGUGCCGUAGGUUGCCUACCCCUGCUCUAGUGGCUGUCUCAUUGACAGCCGCUAGAGGCGCUUCUCACUGUGAUUUUCACAGUGAGAAGACGCCAGCGUCCAUAGGAAAGCAUUGAGAGUGAGACUGGCUGCGCGCGCGGCUCUUGCCACGCAUGCGCAUUCAGCUGAUGACAGCAGAAGAGGGAGGAGAGUCCCCAGCGCUGAGGGAGCCCGGCGCUGGAAAAAGGUAUGAUUUUAACCCCUUCCUCACCCAAGAGCACGGCGGGAGGGGGACCCAAGGACCCUAUAGAGCCAGGAAAACGAGUCUGUUUCCCUUGCACUAUAGUGGUCCUUUAAGGUAUCAUUUAAUCCACGUACAUGUUCUUCACUGAUAUGCCUUGUUGACUGGCUCUUAUUUUCCAAGACACUGUUAACUGUUUGUUUUUGUUUUAUCCUUUGAGUGGAGGGUGGUGUGUAAAUGUGUUUUUUUUUUUGUAAAACACACUGUUAAAGCAUGUUUGUCAGGGUUAUUUACUAAAGUGAGAAUUGUCAAGAAUUCAAAUUGAGUUGCAAACUCAAAGCCAUGAACUAGAAGCAUAGCUGACUUGCACUGUUUUUUUUUCGGUUUGAGUGCUUUGCCCUUAAAUUUUAAAAUCACUUUAAUGUCAAAUUAUUUUCACAUUUAAUCCUGAAAGCAACCAUUCAUCAUACUAUAAUAUGUGCUAUUUACAAAACUCAUGAGGUUUCCAAAGUUCGAAGACACCGUGGUGUCUGCAGGUGACCAACCACCAAACCUUCUCAGUAUUGAAUUUAAGGAUUGCUAGCUCUGGUUCUUAUCACUAACACAAUGUAUAACUGUAAUAUAAUUUCUUUCAUAGAUGGAUGGACGAUAGCCUUGUCAAUGACAUCACUCCAAAACUUAUAGGUGACCGACCGAACACUUACACCUACACAAAGGCACUGGCUGAGUAUAUAGUCCAGCAAGAAGGCAGUAAGCUGAACAUAGCCAUCGUUAGACCAUCCAUUGUUGGCGCAAGCUGGAAAGAACCAUUCCCGGUAAGAACACGCACUCUACCCUUUACAUUAUCUGCAUUUAGAAUGAUACGAAGUAUUAAACACAGUCUUCCAUAGCAAUGAUUAACUUAUGAAAUACUGUUGUCUGUCCCUUCUUUGACAGCAUCAAUAAUAACCGCUGUAUUACAUUCUUUCCAUGAACUUUAUUCUAUGCCACUUAUGAUCAAUCACUCUUCAUAUUUGCACUAAAAUACUGAAAAGGUCUUAGUAGGUAACUGAUAUUGACAAACAUGAUUUAACUUUAAAGACCGCAACAUGUUAUGACUUCUUUAAGGGAACCUGGACUGGUGGAAGUUGGCUUAUUUUUCUAUUUCUUUUACACAGGGCUGGAUUGAUAAUUUCAAUGGUCCAAGUGGUCUCUUCAUUGCUGUAAGUAAUAAGACGUUGUAUCCAUUGUGAGUGCUUGUAUUUAAUCCUCUGGAAAUGUCAUGCCAGGAUUUGCUUGUAUUGUUGCUUUAGUACUCAUGUACAUGCCCUUUUAUUUUGAUCUAAUUGCCUGAAGGGUGUAUGAUCUAUAAAUCCUUAAUAUCCUAUUAAUCAUCCUUAAUAGCUAUAUCUGGGACAAGAUAAAAAGGAAUUCUAUUAUAAAAAUAUUUCACAGGGUUCAGGUCAAAUGUAGUGAGAGGUGUGUUUUCUGGUGUAUGACCACACAGCCAUAAACCUUUGCCAGCCAGUGGUUCUUUAACCCCUUAAGGACCAAACUUCUGGAAUAAAAGGGAAUCAUGACAUGUCACAUGUCAUGUGUCCUUAAGGGGUUAAAGGCAAAGUCCUCAAGCAGUCUUUUGACUAACCCUAGAUUAGGAUAAUCCAGCCCCAAACUACUACGACCAAACACCUGUGUUUUUUGUGUGUGUUUUAGUUUUUUUUAAUUUAAAUAUACAAACAGUGAUUUAGAGGCCUUCUUGCCAUAUUGUAUAUGUAUAUAAUUAUUUAUAUUUCAUCUAGUAAAUUGCCUAUGAAGGGUGUAUCUGUUUGGUGGCACUUGGGGGCGAAACAUUUUACAUAAACCACUAGCAUUCGUGGUCAAUUUCUUAAAAUUUUCAUCUGUGCAGAAUCCUGAAUGCACACAUUAACGCACUGGCUGACCCUUUUUUCAAAUACAACAACAAUAAAAAAAAAAAAAUCACCUCUGUCCCAUAAUGUUUUUGUUUUCAUCCUCCUCCUCCUUAUUCAUUCUUUCAGAAGACCGGUAACAUACAUAUGCACAUUACAUGUAAAUCAUAUUUACACAUGAGCGUACAAUCCUUCCCAUCUGUUUUAUGAUGCAAUACAAAUAGAAAGGAAUUAUUUUUACAUUUGUAUGCAUUGUUCCUGCAAUUCAUUGGAGGGGUAGUCAAUUACAGCCUGUACAAACAAAAACCUUAACCCUCAUUUUGCCAUUUUAAAUUAAGGUAAGCUCAGCUAGCAUACAAACUAGAAACAAAAACAAGAUACCGUCCUGUUACACAUGUCUUCCAGAAUUCUCUGUAAAAAAAAAAAGAAGAAAAAAAAUUACAAUAAAUAAAUGAUUUCAAAUCUUAGAGAUGGUAAUAGUUUUAUUUAAAAACCCCUCACCUAGGCAAAAAAUAAUGGGAGGUUUAGUUACAUUAUGUGAUCAUAUAUUGCAUAAGCCUGCGACAACGGCAAUGUACCCCAUUCUUGGCAGGUUCUACUCUAGCAGCCUAAUGCUUGCUCUUAUGAGAUUAAUCCACUUACUUGGGAAAUUCUUCCUUACUGGGACUCUCUGCACGUCAAGGCUAAAUAGGAUCCUGGAAUGAGGUCCCUGUGACAGGGAGGGGUGCAAAACCAAGGAGUUGGCCUGGACUCCCAAAUAUAUCAAUGAAGCCAAAAGGUCUGCACUUGCAAUAAUAGCUGAUAGGGUUAACCCUUCCUCCAGUGGGUGCAUAGGCGACUUUUGGUAACUUAAACGACACUAGACGUUCUCACGCUUUGAAUGAGGACUUCCAGCGUUACCGGAAUCCCCAUAGGAAAGCAUUCAAUAAUGCUUUCCUAUUGGGAAAUCCUAAUCGAGCGCAGCCAUUGUGCAUUAGGUCUCCCCUGUUGGCAGAGUGCAUUGGCGCUGGACUCAGGUAAGUGACAGAAGGGGGUUAUUCACAAAACAUACAUUCCCUCUCACGUUAAUAUUAGUCUGCCUUCUUCUUUUUCAUUGGUAUGAAGUAGCUGUUACUCCCCUCUGCACUCCAAUCAUUACGAGUGCAUUACUUUCUUCCAGCUGAUCUGAUUUCUAAUUCCAAGUAUCUGAUGUAGUGCGUUCCAUCUGUCCAUUCUCACUUGUGGUAGGUAAUAUACCUAGAGAAAAAAGAUAUUGUAACAAACUAUCAAUGCCUUUACAAUCUAUGUUGCCAACAUCAACUGAUACAUGUAUGUAAAUGUUGGCAACAUAGCCGAUAUCUUUCACAAGUGGAACGCACUACGUUGGAUACCUGGAAUAAGAAAGAGAACUGGAAGAACAUAAUGCGCUCACAAUGAUAGGAGAGCAGAGGGGAGGAACCGCUACAUCACACCAAAAAUAAGUGGACUAUUUAAAACAGUCACCAGGGUGAGUGGUAAUCUAUAUAUUUUUUUUAAAAUGUAGUUCUUUUAUCCUUGCUGUCCCAGAGGAAGUUUGUAUAUGCUAACAGAUGAAACGCAUAGUGCCUUGGUAUUUUUAGGACUCCUUUUUAAUUUAAUAGAUACCUUUCAACCACAUUUGGUUCUCAAGAAAACACAUGGCGGUUGCAGAAUACCGAAGAAAGAAGUGUGGAAUUAGCCCCCCAAAACACAGUGGGCAGGCAGUUUUCAAAUCGCAUAGCCUGGCAUGUUCUGUGAUAUUUAGUAACCGCAUAACACUGAUUAUGACUUUUUAGAGAUAAGCAGAAAUUAUUUUUCUAUGUAUACAUGCUUUGUAAAGAGGCUAAAGAAGAGAAGCCUGAGGAGUAGAGGUGUUUGCAUUUUAGCUCUUAUUUUCAUCCCCAAUCAUUGCUCCAAAGCAGCCACAGAUUUUCAACACUUGGCAGUUGUUGCGUACAUAAAAAUAAGAUCUACACAACUACCAACAUUACACUGCAAUUUUUACAUCCAGUAAAAAGACACAAAUUAUGAAUAUUUUAUGACAUUUUGCUUUGGUUAUUAAAAUUAUCUCCGCUAUGUGUCUCCAGUAAUGGAUUGCUACUUAGACUUUUUUUUCUAUUGUGACCUCUUAUAAUGGAUUUUCAAUCGGUGUUGCUUUGUUUAUUUUUAUUUUUCAGGCAGGAAAGGGCAUCCUGCGCACAAUGAGGGCAUCUAACAACGCUGUUGCAGAUCUUAUCCCAGUAGAUGUUGUUGUCAACACAACAUUAGCAGCUGCCUGGUAUUCUGGAGUUAAUAGGUAUAGCAGGUGACGCUGCUUAAUCUAUGUGUUGUGCUGCUGUUAUAACAUUCACAGCUGGAAAAAUACUUUUUUUGAUAUGUAUAUAUUUUUUUUCCCGCAGACCUAAAAAUAUCAUAGUCUACAACUGCACGACAGGCGGAACAAAUCCUUUUCAUUGGGGUGAAGUUGGUAUGCAUUUGUCAAAUACAGCUUUAAUCUAUGGAAUCUUUUAGAAUCUAGCAGUUUUGUUAUCAGAAUAAGCCUUCUUAAGUCAUUGCAGUUAAUUUGCUAGUCCUGAUUGAUAUCCCACUGCUGGGUGUUGGAGCACAUAUGAGGAGCUUAUGGCCACAAAUGCACAAUGCACGUAAAAUAUGUUUUAAGUUUAGUUAAUUUAGAAUUAAGCUUUUGCUAAAGCAGUUGGCAAAUUUUAAUUUACCCCAGUGCUGCAUAUUCUGACUUAAUUUGUUUUCCAACUUCCAGGGAUGAUUUUAGCCUUAACAUGAACUUGUCACAAAAAGGUCAUUCCAGACAGGGAUUCACACCACUUCUUAGUACAUUCAAAUAUACGCGUAAAACUAAUUUUGUAAUUAAAUAUAUUUAACUCCAAACUUAACUUGUUUCUUGCUAAUAUAAAGCAAUCCCGAUCAGCUUGGGUAACCGUUAAAUUUUUUAAUUUUUUUUUUUUUUUUAAUCCAGUGAAGGCCACUUGCCAAAUGCAGGAGAUGAUGUACCAUGCAUACGUUCCUUCAGGAAUGCAUCCCAUGGUUGUGGGAUAUGUUCAGCUACAUUUCCAUCUGUACAUUCUGUUAGGCAAAUGUAUCCAUUUACAUUAAAUCUGAUUUAAUUAGUCAUAGCUGUAAAAUAAUAAAUACUCAAAAUUUUGUGUCUUCAUGCCCAAAAUGAGCACCGCAUCCCACAAUUUCUUGGAGGUGGCAUUGUUGAAUGCUUUAAGUGGCUCUGAUACCGUGAACUUACCUUUCACCUAUUGUUUCAAGGGAACAGUACCACUCUACUGUAAUCACGCUGAUUCACAUAUGUUGUAAUCACGGUUUGCUGCAACUUGUUAAAUUGUUGUGUAUGAAUAAAAUGUAAUAAAUAAAAUAUUUAAAAAAUCAAAGAAAAUUAAUUACAUUGCAGGGUUAAAGGACCACUAUAAUCACCCAGACCACUUCAGCUCAAUGAAGUAGUCUGGGUGCCAGGUCCCCCAGGUUUUAACCCUGCAGCUGUAAACAUAGCAGUUUCAGAGAAACUUAUAUGUUUACAUUGCAGGUUUAAUCCAGCCUCUAGUGGCUGCCUUCCUGACAGCCGCUAGACUCGCUUCCCCGACGCUCAAUGCGAAAAUCGAUUUAAGCAUGCAGAACGUCCACAGGAAAGCAUUGAGUAAUACUUUCCUAUUGGCGGUUUGAAGGCGCGUGCGGCUCUGGCCGCGCAUGCACAUUCGGCUCCACUCGGGAGCUGGCGUCAGAGAGGGAGGAGAGGUCACCUUUGCAGAGGGAGCCUAGCACUGGAUAAAGGUAAGUGGCUGAAGGGGUUUUAACCCCUUCAGCCCAGCGGGAGGGGGACCCUGAGGGUUUGGGGGUACCUAAGGCCUAUAUAGUGCCAGGAAAAUGUUUGUUUUCCUGACACUAUUGUGGUCCUUUAACUCCACCAUUAGUCGCUAUCUUACAGACAGCAACUAAUUCGCUUCCUAGUGCCUCACGAAGUUAAACUGACAGAUGUCUUAACACUUUUCUCAAAGACAUCAAGUGUCUUCAAAACCCUCUGGGAAAUCAAUGAUCCUUUACUCUCCUAUGGGGAAGGCCUAGUGCACGUGGCCAUUGCCAUGCAUGCACUUUAGGUACCACCAUUGCCGUGACGUCGGAGAAGGACUAUAACUAAAGAGGUAAGUGAAAGAAAAGGCCAUUAACUCUUUCAACACUGGGGGAGGUUAUAGCAAACCUAUAGUUAAUUACAGAGGGACACAAUAGCGUUACUAAUACAGUUUUGUAUUCCUAACGCUAUAGUGUUCCUUUAAAUCUUCAUUUCUGGGCGUGCCAUAUAUGCAGUUUAAAAAAUCCCCAACAUAUGUUCUACACAUGUGCUGAAGAUAUUGCCAGGAUAUUUUAUAAAAUAUAUAUGAUCAAAAAGGAUAUUGAAUCCUUUGAUUUUUGUUUUUAGUUAUUUUUUUCCCCCUAAUUUGUUUUAACAUUUUCUUUUCUCUUUUUUUUUUUUUUGUGACAAGUAUAUUUUGUUAUUGCGAUGACAAUCAUCCCUGGGUUGGAAUGACACAAUCAUGCUUGGUUAAAGCCAUUGUGAACUUGACAAAUUACUAGUCUAGUACAAAGAUGACACUUGCCUAUUUCAGUGUAAUGUUUAUUUUCUAGCACUUAAACCAGUGUUCCAAAACUUAAAUUCAAAAUGUAAUCCUCUGCUAAUUGAACGUGAAUCCUAACCUACUGCAUCAAACAGUUGGAUGGGAUGUAGCUCUAAGUCAUUGAACAUAAACCUAAUUUAUAUACGAAUUUAUUGAGGUUGCAUAUCAUCUUUUAGAUGGUAAUGUUUCAAUUCUCUCGAAAGAGGAACAGAAAAAGAAAAGCUACCAUCUGGAUUUGUUAUAAAGCAGAACCCUUACAGGACAUGUCAUGCUAAAUUUAUCUUGAGGACAGUUUACCCCCAGGCAGGCUGAGCCAGUCUAGAUGGAAGGCUGUGAUGUAUCUAGAGUUAACUCAUUUCAGACAUAUGUGACAUUUAUUGCCAUUCAUUACAUGGCUAUUGUCAAAGCUUGUUGCACAACUUUUCUUUCUCAGAAUACCAUGUAAUUUCCACUUUCAAGAGGAAUCCUCUCGAACAGGCCUUCAGACGGCCCAAUGUAAAUCUAACCUCCAAUCACCUUUUAUAUCAAUAUUGGAUUGCUGUAAGCCAUAAGGCCCCAGCACUCCUGUACGAUAUCUACCUCAGGAUUACUGGAAGAAGCCCAAGGUAAUGGCAACUAGCUCUGUCUUUUCUGUUCCUCUUAAAUGUCAAGAAGCUAAAUGACAGUGAAUCUUGCAAAUUAAUGUAUGCUGCCGCCAUUAAGCAUGUGGUCAUUUGCCGAUACAGUACUGUUUGGACUUAAGGGGGCAUUAUAGUAACUUUACAGGCUGUUUUGACAUUCAUUUUGCAAACUUAAAUUGUUUUCAUAGUUCCACAAAUUCAAUAUAAUUUAAAUAGUUUUUUAUGUACAUAUAUCAAUUUAGUAGUUUUAGUAUUGCCCCCCCCAACCCCCCCAAACAGCACUUCAUGUGCAUUAUUUCUGAGUAGCUCCUGUUUAGUGCUGUCAAUAAGUUCCCUCCCUUGUCUGUUUUUUUUUGUGUUUUUUUUUUUUUUAGUAAUGCUAAAUUUGACCUCAAGUCAAAUGUAAAAUGUACAUACUACACUAGUUAUGGUUGGGCCAUUGAAUGCUAUUUCAGCCUGUAGACAGCCUAUGAAAUAAAGAGAGUGUAUCACCUAAAAAUGAAAAACCUCUGAUCCUAUUCUCUGAGUAAACCUAUCCCUGUAAUUUCACGACUUGCGUCUGAGCCGUUACAGCAAUCUUCAUUUACGCAGUACAUUUUAGGUUAAGUUCUGCAAUGUCACUGAGUUUGUAGGCUUAAUUGUGUCACAUACCUGUGCAUUGCUUUGGGCAAAUAAAGGUUUAAAGGAAGUUGCAAGUGGCAGCUUGAAUCAAGUUAGUGAUAUUACCUAUAUUAAAUUAAAGUGUCAAAUAUUUAGAAAAACUAGGAUCAGUGUCAUUCUUUUCCACCUCACUCUAGUUCCUCAAGGCAUUCUGCUAGCAUGGACUGUCCUCAUUUUUUAGAACUGGAAGGUUUAAACAAACCAGCUAUUGUUCAAUGAGUAGAAAAUAACAUGAGCCUAUAAGAAUCGAUUGUUAUGAUGUCAUAGAUUGUCAUCGGUUCUUAAAAAUGAGACAGCAGAAUUGUUUUUUCCUUUUUGAGUAGUACACUCUUUCCCUGUGUUUAAACUAGAAUAAGGCAUAUGCCAAGAUUGGCCAAAAUGUAGCUUCUCCAGCUGUGAUAAUUUUCCAGCCUUCUACACACCCAUUCUACGCAUAUGUUUUAUGUAUGUACUGUUAUACUAUUGUGGCCAAACAUUAAGGUUUUUUUUUUUCUCAUUGGAUCUGAACCUUAUUUUUUCUACAGAAUAUUAUGUAAAUGUGUCCUUCAAGAUGAAUCCUUUAGAACAGGCUCUCAGGCGCCCCAAUGUUAAUCUGCAAAACAACCCCCUUAUACACUAUUACUGGACGGCUGUCAGUCAUAUAGUGCCUGCAGUGUUGUUUGAUGCUAUUCUAAGGUUGACAGGUCAGAAGCCCUGGUAAGGAGGUUGCACUAAACACUAGGAGGUGCAGUUAACCUGGUGAAGGCUUGCUGAGAGGACACAGGCUCAAUGGCAAAAUAGUAAAUUCUUCCCGUCCCAAGUUUUUUUUUUUUUUUAAUUUUAUUUAGUUAAUUUCUUUAGCUUUCUAUCCAUUAUACUGUGUGGGUGUAUAUAUACAUACGCACUCACGAUAUUUAUUAUGAUUUUAAUGACCAAUGUUAAUUAGAUCUUCUCUGUCAUGCUUGCAACUAUGUUUAGAGGACCUGUCAUGUCUGAGACAAGUGUGUUUAAUUCCAAGACAUUGAAGUAGUGUUUAUUAUCUAGCUGUAUUGCUAUAUAUUGGGCUAUAUUUCUCUCUGAAUAUCUAGCAACCUCUCUGCCUAUGUGCCCCCUCUUAUCUAUCAGCAUCCCUAUAAACUGCUCCUGUCACUUUUUUUUUUUUUUUUUUUCUAUAAGUAAUAAAAUAAUAAAAAGUGAAAAGGCAAUGCAUGUUAUUCUGCCUUGGAGGAAAUAGUCAUGCUUUACCAAGGUAAUUCCUUCAUAUCAUUAUUAUUUACAUGGCACCAAAAAAAUUCUGCAUUGCUGUACAAUAUCCCCACAUGUUUCAGUCUGCUCACAAGCUGGCUUGCUCUAAAAAGUCAAAUGAAUAUUAACAAUAGUAAAUUAUGGUUUUGUCAGAAUUUCAUUGGACCAGAGGAAACAAGGUUGUCAGAUUAUAACUUCUCAGCGUUUCAGCCAAAAUUAAGAUAACCUUGAUCCUGCAGCCACAUGUAUGGGGAAUUCUCUGAAGCUCAAGUGCUACCAAAAUCCCAGUUAUUAUUAUCAUUAUUGCCAUUUAUAUAGCGCCAACAGAUUCUGUAGCGCUUUACAAUAUUAUGAGGAGGGGAUUUAACUAUAAAUAGGACAAUUACAAGAAAUCUUAUAGGAACGAUAGGUUGAAGAGGGCGCUGCUUAAACAAGCUUACAGUCUAUAGGAGGUGGGUUAUAAAAUACAUUAGGACAGGAAAUGGCAAUCAAAUAAAGUGGGAGUGAAGCAGAGCUGGAGGAGAGCAUAGAGUGCUGCCCUUUAGGAGAGAGCAAGAGACAGGUAUGUGAGGUAGAGGUUACUCUGGGAGGUCAUAAGCUUUCCUAAAGAGAUGGGUUUUAAGGCACUUCUUAAACGAUUGAAGACUAGGGUAAAGUCUGAUGGCGGUAGGCAGGUUAUUCCAUAGAAAGGGAGCAGAGCGCGAGAAGCCCUCAAGCGUGAGUUGGUCUACGGGUGCGAGCAGCGGACAGGAGAAGGUCACGGGCAGAGCGAAGAGACGAAGGGGCAUUCUUAUGGAUCUAUGGAUCUAUGGAGAGAUGAGGGGCUAGAAUUGUUCAGUGCGUUAUAGGUGUGAAUUAGUACCUUGAAUUCACUCCUAUAGGAUACAGGAAGCCAAUGUAAGGACUAACAGAGGGGUGAGCUGUUAGAGGAUUGACAAGAGAGGAAAAUCUGUCUGGCGGCAGCAUGCAUUACAGACUGUAGUGGUGCAAUACGGCUUUUGGGAAGACCAAUUAGGAGAGGGUUACAAUAAUCCAUGCAGGAAAUUACUAGAGCAUGGAUAAGCUCAUUGGUACCAUCUUGCGUAAGAAAGGGGUGGAUGCGGGCUGUGUUUUUAAGAUGGAAUCUACCGGAUUCGGCAACAUGCUGUAUGUGAGGCUCAAAGGGGAGUCCAGAAUCAAAUGACGCCAAGACCGCGCGCUUGCAAGGAUGGACUUAUGUGGAUACCACUAACUUGAAGGGAGAGCGAAAGAGGAGGAAAGACUAGGAUCUCCAUUUUAGAGAGAUUGAGUUUCAGAAAGCGGGAGGACAUCCAGUCAGAAAUGGAAGAAAGGCAAGCAGUGACAUGUUGCAGGGCAGCAGGGGAGAGGUCUGGGGAGGAUAUCUUUUGGAUUCCACUACCACCUGUACGCUGAUGAGAGAUAUAUAUCUCUCAUCAGCGUACAGGUGGUAGUGGAAUCCAAAAGAGGUAAUAAGUUUGCCAAUAGAGGCAGUAUAAAGAGAAAAUAGAAGGGGACCAAGGACAGAGCCUUGAGGGACUCCAACCGAGACAGGACGAGCAGAGGCGGUAUCAUUAGAAAAGGAGAUACUGAAUGAGCGUUGGGAGAGAUGAGAGGAAAACCAGAGUCACAAGAGACAGUGAUUGAAGAGUUUGAAGAAGGAGAGCAUUAUCAGCGGUGUCAAAGGCAGCAGAGAGGUCAUGAAGAAUUAGUAUGGAGUAGUGGCCUUUAGAUUUAGCUGCGAUUAGGUCCUUAAAACCCUGAUUUUCAUCAGUCCCUGUUUUGGGACCCUAAAAUGGUUGUAAGCACACUGUGCCCAGAACACCAGUUGUACCUUCCGGAGCACUCCCACCUCCCUUAACCUGAAUGUCUGGUUGACAGAGUGAAAGUUUUUUUGUUUGUUUUUCGUUUUUCUUUCCACUUCCAGCUUGUCAUUGAAGGUUAGCAAUGGACCUUAUUUGUUUAUUUUGUCUAACCACAAUAUGCCAGGAUGAGAAUGUUUGAUUACCUUAACAUUUGUUACCUUGUAGUGGUAGAACGGAUCAACUGUCAAACUAGACCUCUUUCCUGGUGUUGACUAACACCCAGGACAUACUUGAAAACAAGAGAAAUCUCAAUGUAUCUUUCCUGGUAAAAUAUUUUAUCAAUAAAUAACAAGGAGGGGGUUUAUUGGGGACUUCCACCCCUCAAAGGGCAUGGCUCCUGAACCCUGAUUUUAGCAGUCCAUAGUGGCAAGUAUGUACAGGUUUGUCAAGAAUACCUGGCACAGUUUGUUCUAAGUCUGCAUGCAUUCUGUCAAGCACCUGAUGAACAAUUAGUCUGACAUGCCUCCCCCCCCUCCUCCCCCCCCAGAAAGGAGAUAUGAGGUUAGGAUGACAGUAUUGUAAUACUCUGUGGGUGUAUGUAACUAUUUGUUAAAAAAAAUAAAAAUAAUAAUAAAUAUAUGGCCUUUUAGUCUGUUAUAACUAAUAUUAUUUGCUAGAUUCUAAUAACUCUUAUCUCAUACAUGACGGCUUCUGUGAAAAAAAUCUAUUUGCAAUGCAGUUUGUUUCCCUUAGUUUGCUAGAAGUAAUUUGCAAAAGCUUAUUUUUUUUUUUUUUUUUUGCCUUGUUCUGCCAACCUACUUUAAAAAAUUUUUUCACAAUAAUUGUGCAAUUUGUUUUUCUUCUCCUAAAUUGCUGCUCAUCUUUUAGUAAUAUCCACCAACUGACGUAUAUUACUUAUUGCUUGAUGAAUAGUUAUGUUAGUAUGCACAUUUUUUUUUUUUUUAAAUUCUUGCAACACCAGACCCCAAGCAAGGACUGACUCACAAGAUGCAAUAAUUUUAUUUAACCAGGUGAAUAAUACGGUUUUAUUACACAUGCACAAAAAAGUAAAAUAUCUCGUUGCACCAUAAUUCUCUCUUUACGGAUUUGUUUUCAGCAGAUGACACUGCCAUUGCCUGGAGUGUUCCAGACAAAACUGAUGUUAAGAUAAAAAAACUAAACAAAAAGAAAACCACCAAGUCUUUUGUGGUCCUAUAUUAGUCAUACUUUUAAAUCACCAAAGAUGGUGAUGAAUAAAACAAUGCAGUGUUUGAGUUCCUAAUCCAUGAUUACUAAUUUUUGGCACUCCGUCUUUUGUGAUUUCUGUAUCAGUUGGCUGAGCAUCUGAGAGUUGUAAUCCACAACAGCUUGAAUAUCAAUGCUUACUAUUUAAAUACAUUUUGUGUUUUUUCUUUAUUUUGUACUGUAUGCCUUUCUUGGAAAAUAUUGUACAUAUUACUACAGUGCAAUAUUUGACACUUUUUUUGUUUUCUCUCGUUUUUUUUUUUUUCUUUUAUAUUAACAUUUCAACACAGAAAUUGAAGUCAAUAUUUUGAUAUUUGAAAUGUUCUCGUUGCCGUCAAGCCUGCCUGCUUUCUCAGCAUUAAAGGUGUCGGGAAUGUCACUUACUGCAUUUUGUGAAGUUGUGCAGCAUACACCCUUAUUGUGUUCUAGAACAAGAAUCUAACACGGCAAGCUUGUAUCUGUCUCCUCAUCUCCCGUAAUCACUAUCAGAGCUGUUCUUGUCCAGCUUAAACACCUUCUCUUUGUUUUUUGUAUUCAUUUUGAAAGGAGUAGACUUAUGGGAGAAUAUAUUUGUGACCUAUACAGAGUUAUUUACCAAAGUGAGGAGUGCUAGGAAUUCAAAGUAAGAAUUUCUCUAAUUUGGCUUUACUGGCUGAAAUUUACAGUUUCCCGUUUGGCUGUUUUCACCUCGGAUUUGAAAUCAGUCCUGGCUAUUCCCACUUUAUUGAAUACCCCUAAUAGUGUUGUGGUUUGAAAGUGCAAAGUCACUAUUGUGGGCAGUCACCAAUGAAACGUGACCCUUUUUAGAACUUUGCAAGACUUUUUUUUUUUUUUGGAACAAAUUUCCAUACUUUAAAAUAUCCCUCAUAUUCUCCCUUUAGUUUGAUUCCGUUUUCCGUUCACAAGCAUUCAGCAGGAACAGCCCAUUAGUUUUCAUAGUGAUUGGCUCCUAUAAUGUAAAUGAAUUGCAUGUUAAUACAUUCUUAAGCUGCGGCAGGAUUGUGUCGCUUGAGCAGAGUGUGAUACUCUAGAUUCUAAUAAAAGUGUAUUGUGUCUGUUUCUCAGAGAAACCAUCCUUAAUGCCUUUAUCAAACUUGCAUGGUUUGCUUGAUGGUGACAGCACCAAAAUUAAGUUUCCCCUUCACUAACAUUGCAAAAUAAGUGCAGACGCCAUUGGCUUGUACAGGCGCAUUUCUGAUGCUGUGUUGCUUUUUAUACAAAGGCUUUUCAGUUAAUUGCAGUACCACAUAUGACUACUUUGGAUAUAUGUUCUAUAAUUCAGUGUUAAUCUGCUAAAUGUUUUCUCUACUAAUUGUCUGUGUGUCUCAUAUAGCCUGUCUAUAACCUGCUAAUUGAGUUAGUCAAAUAAUGAUUGUAUGUUUCUAGACUAUUUUCAGGGAAAAAUGUUCUGGGACCAUUAUAUAUAUAUAUAAUAUAAAUUAUUUUUUUUUAAAACCCUUUGUCCCCAUUUUAUCUAAAAACUAGCAUUGGUGAAUUGCAUGUCUGAGUGUGCUUUGCUGUAAACUGUUCUUUCUCCUUUUCACUACAUUAAAGCUCACUGUGUUUCGGUCACUGUAAGGUAAUUGAAUCAUUAGUAAAUGGGUAUCUGUUUUCUUAGUCGAGACAUUAUCGCAAGCUUAAGCAACUAAUCUAGCCGCUUCAUAGAUGCAGACCUGAUAGUCUGCUACAGUGACACAGACUCAUGAGGUUUGUAGACCUUUGUCUCGCUGCUUUAUACAAAAUGUAGCUUAAAGACUGGACCAUAUUUACCACAGAGCUGAAUCCCGCUGUUCCUGGUUUGACCUUGUCCUUGAGGGCUGGACCACUUUAACUUAUGUCUCCACUUAGUGCUAACCCCUGCUGCAUAACCCAGUGCUUUUAUUACUACCUAAACAUUAUACUUGCCUUCUUUCAUCUCUGUUAUUAAGUUUUCUUUGGUGUCAUUUCUUUUUCUUCUUUUUAUUUCUUUUUAUUUUUUUUUAUGUAUUUUUAUUUUCUCUAGCUGUAAGUCCUGUUUAGUACCGAAAAAUUAAAAAUAAUUCUCUUUAUUGGUGUUACACUAGUUUGGAAUAUGAAUACUGUAGAACCAUAUUUUUAGUAAAGGGAAAAAGUGUUAUCUGAAAUUAGUGUUAAUCCAGCAAAUUAGCUGUUUAGCAAAAAAAAAGUCCCUCUUACCUAUUUUCAAUUACAUCACGAGUACGAAAAAUCUGGGUGGGUAGAUGCCAAAUGCAGGCCUACGAACGAGGUUGAGUAGCUCUGUCGUCAUAAUACAGCAUUUGAGGUGGGUCACCAGACUCUGUUGUUGCACAUAAUUCCCCUUUAAUAUUUCAAGGGGAGAGACAUCCAUAAUAUACCUUUAACUUUAUUUGAGCUUUUUGGAGUCGCUGGAUUUGAAUGUGUAUGCAUUCAUGCAAGCUCUUCCUCAGGGAUAAAAACAAAAGUUUAUUAUUUAUAAUUUUUCUUUUCCUUUAAUUUCUUGCCACUAUCAAACCCAGUAUGAAAUAACGAUUAUCUGUAUUCUGCAGAAGAAUGGAACAUAAAUCAGAUCACCCAUACCUAUAAAUAACAAAUUACCACCUGCACACAGUCACCUGCCAAACAUUGGCUCAUUGACAACUUUAUCCGAUUAGACUUGAGCUGAUAUAACCAAAUACAUCAGGCUUAUGCCCUUGGGGCUGUGGUGGCUAUGCCCUCCUGAUCCCAGAAUUGUGCUUUUUGCUGAAUUUAUCCUGCAUGCCUUUGCAGACCUUAAAUUCUGCUUGCAAAUAUAGGUAACAAUAUCUUUAAAUCAUGUAUUUAUCUUUAUUUGUUUUCACUUUGUUGAACGUAAAGUCUAGGUUAAAAUUUAAUUUUUCUUUCUCCACUUAAAGUGACAGAAAUGAUCUGAGUGCAGUAUCUUUGUCCCUUUAACUCUGCAAUGUAAAACAUUGCAGUUUUUCUAAACAAAAUGUUUGUUUGCAGGGUUAAAGGAACACUAUAGGGUCAGGAAUACAGUAAAAUCUUACUUUUGUUCAAGUCUGCAGCUACUGGUUCUGCCCCUGAUCUGCCUGCUUGGCUGACAUCAGAAUCCUUUAACAUAGGAGGCAGAUCGGGGCAGAACGAAACACAGCUCUGGCCAAUCAGAAUCUCCUUAUAGAGAUGCAUUGAAUCAAUGUAUCUCUAUGAGGUAAGUUCAGUGUCUGCAUGCAGAAGGGGGGAGACACUGAAUGUCAGUUACACUGCGCAGCACUGCCCCAGUAAGCACCUCUAGCAGUCAUCCGAGGAGUGACCAGUGAAGUUAUCACGAGGCUCUAAUGUAAACACUGCAUUUUCUUUGAAAAUACAGUGUUUACAGCAAAAAGCCUGCAGGAAAUGAUUCUACUCACCAGAACAAAGGUAAUAAGCUGUAGUUGUCCCUUUAAGACUGCCUCUAUUGACUGUCUCCGUUUGAACUUCUUGCAAUUCACUUUCACAGAAAUAAUGUGGUAAAUCAGUAUUUGGACUGUUACUUGAGUUUUGUUUUUUUUAAAUCAGGUCCCUGUUCAGUGAGUAACCCUGACUUUUCACGUUUUCAUUUUUGCGAAAAAGUUUUUUUUUUUUUUUUUUCUUCAACCCUUGAGUGGAUGAUUUAACCCCUUAAAGGGCCACAAUAGGCACACAGACCACUUCAGCUUAAUGAAGUGGUCUGGGUGCCAGGUCCAUAUAGGAUUAACCCUUUUUUCUAUAAACAUAGCAGUUUCAGAGAAACUGUUUAUAUUGGAGUUAAUCCAGCCUCUAGUGGCUGUCUCAUUGACAGCCGCUAGAGGCACUUAAGUGCUUCUCACUGUGAAAAUCACAGUGAGAAGACGCCAGCGUCCAUAGGAAAGCCUUGUGAAUACGUAUGCGCAUUCAGCCGAGGAGGAGGAGGAGGAGAGUCCCCCGCCCAGCGCUGGAGAAAGAGGUAAGUUUAACCCCUUCGACCCCCCUAGAGCCCGGCGGGAGGGGGACCCACCUCAGGGCACUAUAGUGCCAGGAAAACUAGUAUGUUUUCCUGGCACUAUAGUGGUCCUUUAAUGAUUCAGCUCUGUGCGUGCAUGGUCACAUCUAAACUAUUCAUAAAGAACAAAAUAUAUUCUACGUUUGUUUGAUCAACCAUAAUUUAACUUCAUUUUUAGGGUAUCCACACUUAUUAUAUAUGAUUCUGUUCAGGAGAAAUAUGGCCUUAAUGUCGCAUCAAAUUUCACAUCAUAUUUAUAUAUGGAAUAUAAUUUAAUAUAAAUAAAAUAAAGUGUGAGAAAUUAAGAAAUAUUUUUUUAUGUCACCUUUGAGAGUGUAUGGCAGCCUGAGUAAUAUUUCCCUCAUUAUAACUUACCAUUUUUAAAAGAAGGCAACCCAGAGUAUUCCAAAUGGCGUAUUGUGAGAUGUUUGGUCUAGUUCUUUAUCAAUGUCAUAUAGUGGUUAUCCUUUUUUUUUUUUUUUUCCCCAGACACACACUCCAUUUUCACAGGCAAUUUCAUAAUCCUGAUGGGUGUUGGUGUAAUAAAGGCCUAUGGUGCCUCUGAGGCAGUAUGGCAGCCCAGGAAAAAAAGUUACCUCCAUGAUAGCAUAUCAUUGUUAAAAGUAGGCAACCCAGGCUUAAUAUAAAGGAACACUUGGGUUCGGAAUUCAAACAUGUAUUCCUGACCCUAUAGUGUUCAAACCACCAUUUAGGUGGCUUGCUCCCCCUUAACCCUCUCAGAAGCAGUUAAAACUCACCUUAUUUCCAGUGCCGCGGGCCUGUCCAUGGUCCGCCAAUUUUUAGCCAAUACAAUGCUUUCCUAUUUAAUUUAGAUAAAGUUGUUUUGGUGCCUGGGGUGCACCUUUCUUAACACAGGACAUACUUUUUCAGUUCAUCAGAUAAGACUGGAUACAUUGACCAGCCGAGUCUACUUUUCCAUAUACUUGCUGUAGUCUACAAUGUACUUUGUUUUUUCUAGCUGCUCAGUACUUCCUCUGACACUGUACUUUUGCCAUGCGUUGUAGACAGCAUGUAUAAAUCUUUAGUAUCUGUGAACUGAACUGCCAGCACCUCAUCCUAGCGUAGAGCUGAAGAGGAGCCUCUACUGUUUCUGCCGCUUGUUAGGGUUUUUAACAAGGGAUGGAUGUUUUGUACCCACAGAAUAAGGGAAUCCUGGUGGGUCAAGAUGGUUAUCCUUCGCUUGAUAAAUCCGAAACGCCCAUGUAUAGUUAGUAGUGGAUUAUAAAAUGUGAUGCCAUAUCAUGACCCUUUCGAUGAGCUAUAUUGUUUGAAAAACAGCCUACCUUUAAAUUUCAUAAGGGAUUUGUCUAUACAAAUGUUUUGGUCUGGGAUAUAAUUUUGGGGAAAUUUGUCAGACAGGAAUUGGUUAAGUGAAUGGAUUUUGUAAAGCCUAUCUAACAAUGGGUAGUUUCUAGGUGGACACAGUGUACUAUUGUUAAAAUGGAUGAAUUGCUGCAUUUGCUCAUGGAGAUUGAUCCAUCUUCAUAACAUCUGGGAAAAGACUGGUAGCCAGAAUGCUGUGCUUGUGCCAGUAGGACCUGAUACUUGUCUUUUCCACAAUACCCAUUAUUAGGGUUAGAGGCCUACAUCUUUUCAAUUCUGCGACAUCAUGUUUUUUUCUGCUGUAAUGUGACCCUGGAUUUGCAGAAAAGUACUGGCUGGCAAACAAGUUGGUUUGCUCAACCAUCAGCUCAAUUCUGUCGUUUGACAUAAAGAGGCUAAACUUGUUCACUGGCUCACAAACCUCUCCUGUUGUGAUGCCAUGUGUAGGAGUGAAUUGGGGCAAACAAGUUUAGAGGUACCCAGUUUUCUUCUGGCACUGUGGGAUGAGGGUAGAGAGUGGAGUUAGUUAGGGCAAGUGAGAUUUGAGAUGGUAAAAGGAGACUUUGGAGUUUGGUGGAGAAAUGCUGGAGAUCAAGGCUGUGGAGGUUUCUGUGAGAUUGGAGAGUUCAGGGUGGUGUGGAUGAGUAUAGGAUGGGGCAGGGAGGAUAGGUUGAAAGGUAGAUUGACGGGAGAGAAGGAUGCCUACACCGCCUACAGUUGAGUGUGGGAGAACUGUAGUCCACCGAAACAUAAAGAAGCUGGAGUAGCGAUAUCAGAGGGGGACAGCCAGGUCUCAGUGAGUGCUAGUAGUGUGAGGGAAUUCGAGAUGAAGAGGUCGUGUAUGUCUGUUGAUUUAAUAUUGCUAUUAAUAUAGCGCUCCCCUGCCGGCUAAUGCAGGGCUGGCACUGUCCAAGCGCCAGCCCUGCAAUGUGUCUUCACGGAUCAAAGAUCUCCCUCCCCGGUCCGCAGGCACUGUGCUGGCAGCCGGCGAGGGAGAGAGAGAGAACCCGGGAGCUCAGCCAGCAGCUCCUCCGUGUCCUACUCUACCACGACAACGCUCCGGAUCUUGCGAGAGCGAACUCUAGCCCUGGAUCUGCAGGCUAGCGUUCACUCUCACUACUAGGACCACCAGGGAUUCACCACCGGGGAUUGAGAAAUGUCCCCCCCCUUCUUCCUCAGUAAAAUAUAUUUUUAUUAAAAAACUUUUUUUUUUAUUUUUUUUUUUCUAAAAAGGCCUCCCUACCCUCCUCACCACAGAUUUACACAUUGCCCCACAUACACUGCCCACACAUUGCCGCCACAUGCCCCCCCCACGCACACUGCCCGUCUGAUAUGGAUCUCCUUAGGAUCUUUUAGGGUGAUCCAAUCCCCCUUGCUGGAUGUUCUGAAGCAGUGUUGGUGUUUCCUCCCAAGGAUAGGCAGCAGGAAUGGAAAUGUAUUCCAAAAUAAAUUUAUUAAUAAAUACACAGAUAAAAUACUGUAUAAAGUCCACAAAUGUCCAAUUAUUGCCAAAACGCGUUUCGCCGAAAAGUGGCUUCCUCAGUUGACUUUUCGGCGAAACGCGUUUUGGCAAUAAUUGGACAUUUGUGGACUUUUUAUACAGUAUUUUAUCUGUGUAUUUAUUAAUACAUUUAUUUUGGAAUACAUUUCCAUUCCUGCUGCCUAUCCUUGGGAGGAAACACCAAUACUGCUUCAGAACAUCCAGCAAGGGGGAUUGGAUCACCCUAAAAGAUCUUAAGGAGAUCCAUACCAGAGCCAGGUUCUAUAUAUGGCUCUAUCCUUGUGAGUGUGUUUCAGUUAUAUUAUCUUUCCUUAUGAUGUAUUGGGUUAUCUGCACUAUUUUGUAUCUCUCGAUCUUUACAGCUGCAAGUAAGAAGAGAGAAGUAUACUUUUAGUUAUAUUUUCUGCCUUUAUUUGCUCCACCUAUGGUUUGUGUGUUACAUUCACAAAUUGCCCCACACACCCUACACAUUCACACACUACACACACAUUGCACCACACACACCACUGCUCCUAUGCCCUACUACAGCCUCAUAUCCCAGCAGUUGUCAAACAGUUCUUCAACGGUUUGACUACUUACUACUUGACUACUUACUCUUACACUGAGCUGUAGUGGUUAUUGUGCAUGGAUUAUUUCUUUAAAUAAUCUACAAGUGCCCCUCCUGAGAUCAGGCUCUGGAUCUGCCACUGGGUCUAGGAUGAAAUUGGGUGGGAGCAGGAGAGACAGAAUAUAAUUUUACUCCAUAGAAAAGGUCAGCUUGAUGAGAGAGCCCUCUGAUCACUGAUACAGUACAUGUACACUAAUCAGGCAACUGAACUGUUUAAAAACAUUAAUAGUACCAAGGUACUAGUCAGAAUGAUCACCGGGUUUAUGCGGUGAUCAGCACUAAAAUGGUUUUUAAAAAAUUAUGUUUUUUUUCCUAACGCUUUCUUUUCACACUUUUACAGCCUUUAGCACAGUUUAGGCAGUUAGUGUAUCUGCCUCUUUAGCAUCAGAUCAAAGUGAGGAGAAGAGAGGAGCUGAGACAUUGUAACAGUGAUCAUGGUGACUGGCUAUCACCGCAAUCACGUGCUGCAGAGUCUGCCUGGGUUGCCAUGCAGACUCCCAUAUAGUGAUCUGCAGUAUGGGAAAGAAAGCGGACCGCAGGAAGGGCUAAAACGUUAGGACAUGCUAUGCUGCCAGGCUGAUAACCCCACCUCCUGCGGGACAGCAUGGCAUGCCCUCCGUUCUUAAGGGGUUAAUGCACAAUAAGAGAGUUAUGUUGACUUUUGAUGAGACCACCGUUUGACACUUAUUUUUGUUUAUAUUAUCAAUUGUAUUUUCACACGCCGGAAGGCAUUUAACACUUCGCACAGUGGAAACAUAUUUUUGAUAGAACAGAACAGAGAGGUAACAUGCAUGAUUUUUUUUUUGUCAUUUAUUUGACAAAUUAAACAGAAAAUUCUGGUCGGCCGUCUUAAUAUAUGUAUUUUGUUAUAGUUUAUUAUCUAUCAUGUAAUAUUUUUAGUUCGGGGGAAAAUGGUUUUUCAGCUGGGAUGUAAAACUUGAAUUCAUGUGAGAAUGUGUUAUUGAUUCAACUAUGCAUCAUGAGUUUGCUACUAUAAUCCUCCAGCUUGCAGAGUGCUGGACAUGACCUGCUAUUACUGCUUCCUAAUUACAUCAACCUUAUCGUUUUUUUAAUACCCUGAAAAGAGAUCAACAUUUAAAAAAAAAAAAAAAAGUGUCUGUCCUGUUCAGUACACGGUUAGUCAACUAUAAUUUCUUGAGUCAUUAUCGUAUGGUUAUUAAAUUGAAUAUUGCACGGUUUGCAAACAGAUUGCUUACAAGCAAACUUUCUUUACUUUUAUUUUGCUGAGGUUGGAUUUAAUUCUCUCAAAUAUAUAGUCCCUUGGAGAGAAGGGAAGUAAAUCUAAAUGAGCUGCGUGCAUGUUUGUUAUAAGGUGCUUGUGACUGCAGGGAUGCAUUUUUGAAUAUGUAGUAACCAUUUUCUUGUUGGAUCAAGGAUGAUGAAGACUAUCACACGUCUUCACAAAGCAAUGAUGCUUCUGGAAUAUUUUUCAAGUAACUCCUGGGUGUGGAACAACGAGAACACCAACAUGCUCAUGAGCCAAUUGAGUAUAGAAGACAAAAAGGUACUCACUCUUCCAACUGCAUUGCUGUUUUAGAAAAAGAAAGAAAAAAGCAACAAUUUAAAGGGACACGGAGGACCUGGUUCACCUCUCUGAAUAUGCAUGAUAUAAGUUGACCAGUUGUUGCUUUAAAACAAUCUGUGUUUAAAACCUGCACAGUACCAUCAUCCUCUUUGUUUUUAGCAAGAAACAUACUGCUAAAGGCAUGUGUGAUUAGUAUUGUGUAUUCAUGCACAGUCGGGGUUGCAUUGAAGUCCGUGCACAUUUCAAAUUAGUGCAUUUAUUGUGGGACAGCUAUAGAAUGUAUCUAUCACAUACAUGCUCAGUCCUACUCCCAUACGUGUGUAUAGGAGAGUACUGAUUGGUUGAAAUUUUUGUUGUUUUUGUAUCUGAGAUAAGUAGCUGCAGGAAGGAGACUUGUUGCUUUUUGUGUUUUGGUUUUUUUUGUUUUGUUUUGUUUGUUUUUGUGUAUACUCCCACAUCUUUCUGCAAUGCUUCAGAUAGGGACAUCCUGUAAGAAAUGAGAAAUAAAUGUUGUCUAUUUGCUUAAAUAUUAUGGAGCUAUUCCUAAUAGGAUGUAUGGAUGUGUAUUUGAUAGUAGAGAUUUCUUUAUUAAGAUAAAGUACAGCUGUUUAAAUAAAAAAUAUUUUUAUGCAGGCCUUUAACUUUGAUGUCAGACAGCUCCAUUGGGCAGAAUACAUGGAAAACUAUUGCAUGGGGACCAAGAAAUAUGUUCUAAAUGAGGAAAUGUCCGGUCUCCCUGCGGCCAGGAAACACUUAAACAAGUAAGUCCGAUUUCUGUCACCCGUCACCAAAAGGUACAUGGUUUAGCAAAUGGUCUGUAUUUAAUGUUUAUUUAACCAUUUAACAACCCAUUAAAUGGUCGUAGUAUGAAAUAAUGGACUGCUUGCAUCAGAAGAAAACGGUCUGAUAUAGUCCACAGAUUUUCCAUAAUUAAAUCUAUACAAGCCGUUACUCUGUAUCAACGGGCAAGUACUAUCCAUAGUUACAAGGUUAUCUCGCUGAAUAGCUUCUUCCACAGACUGCACUUGUAGUCAGGUAGGUCUAAUUCCCUUCCCUUGCAUGUUUGUUACUGCUCUACUGGCUGUGUGGUGGCCAGUAAGGAAGAUCUGCAAAUAGCCCUGACUGGGAUAGCCACUCUAAAGACAGACUAAAGCUCUUAGUUGGCUUAUGUAAAAUGUGGCCUUUAUUGAUCAUUACUGAAAUGCAAGCUUUCCAUUGUAAGGCUCUUUAUUUGAUGUUUGCGGUUCCUUCACAGUAGACUGUCACACAGAGUUGAUAUAUUUUACAGAUACUUCUUGCUGGUUUUGAAUUACAAAGCCUUUAAUAUGCUGUCAAUACGCAGUUUGUUUUAAAGCUACUCAGUCAUGACUGUAUGGUUGCUAAGCUUCCUUUGCUUCAUUCGGCAAAGUAUUGUGUUUGUAAGACCGGUUUAAAGCAAAAUUAAACAAGAUAGGUAUCCAGCUGCUUCUAUUAUCUGACAGUGAAAAUGAUCAUGGGUUGUUUAGAUAUACACUUCUAGGUCCAAGUUUUAUUCUUGGUACUACUGCUCUCUACAGGUGCUCAGUGAUAGACUUCGAGUGGCAGCUGAUGCUCUCAGCUCAUCACUGGUAGCCAGGUAAAUAUUGCUAGAGUGGAUGAAGGCUGGGAGGAAGGAAGAAAGAUGGCAGGGCUGUCACACACCGGGCGACCAACUUCAGGGUUUAACAGUUGGGGGGGAAAAUGGUUUAAUGCCUGAACGUAAGAUGACUGCCCGGAUACUCCUACCUCAUUGACAUAAAGUUGUUGUAAGGGUGGGGAGGGAGAGUGUUAAUUUAUAUGUUUGAUGUAUAGAGGGAUUCAAUUUAAAAGGUCAGACAAAUAUAAGCUACGACCUUAUUGAUGUAGAAGGAACGAUAUAAGCCAAUGAACUGUGCUUGAUCUAAAACAUACUGCCAAAAAGUGAAGCCUAGACUAGGUAGUGUUUUGCAAUGUUUGUGCCAUAUGUCUUAAAACUUAGAAAGCUAAUUACAUGCAAAUGUUUUUUUUUCCUCCACAGAUUACGAAAUAUCCGUUAUGGAUUCAAUACCAUCCUUGUAGUUCUUAUCUGGCGUGUGUUCAUAGCCAGGUCACAGAUGGCAAGAAAUAUCUGGUACUUUGUUGUUAGUCUGUGUUUCAAGUUUCUCUCCUACUUCCGGGCAUCUAGCACCAUGAGAUAUUGAGGACUGGAGGUUUUUUUAUUUUAUUUUUUUCUGUUUUUUUUUUUUUUUUGCAUCUGGACAUCUAUGCACAGAGCAGCAACCUGCACAAAAUCCGUCAUAUGUAACGUGUCCUUCACGUGUUGCGUACAGCCAUUCUACUAUCUAGGUCCAAAUAACCAAUUCUGUUUACAUUGUAUGACGUUUUCAAGUGUACCUUACAGAUUAAUCACACAAGUCAGAUUGAAAAAGCAUUAAACUGCUAAAAGGUUUAUUAAAAAGAAAUAUAUAUACAUAUUUAGGCAGAGAAUUUUAAAUAUUUUCACAUCAAAUUCAUAUUAAAAUUCAAUGUCACAUUUCAUCUUCAGUGCACAGCAUUUAUUGCCUUUAAUGAUUUGCACAGACUUCUUGCCUCCGCUGUGGAUCUCACUGAUAAAGUCCUUCGUAAAGUUGCACUAAGCAGAAUGGACACAGAGUGUAUUACAGUUUGUGUUAUGGCAUGUAAGUCUGAUUAAGUGCUUAUUUACUCAUUUUCUUUGCCCCGUCCCUUUUCAGUCUUAUUUAUUUUAAUUUUAUUUAUUUUUUGUUUUUUUCUUUAAACCUUUUUUUUUUUUUUUUUUUUUUUUUUUUUUUUUUUUUUUUUUUUUUUUUUUUUUUUUUUUUUUUUUUUUUUGGUUCAAUAUUUUUUUUACUUCUAUCUUAGUGUUAAUUUUUGUCCUUAUCAUUGUAUCUUUAUCAUAGUUUUUUUUUCCUUCACUCUGUUCUUUUCCCUUUUUGUUUCACUAAGAUUCCAAUUCGUUUGCACUGAAUUGAUUUAACAAACAAAUCAUACCAAUUUUGACAAUUUUUGUAGUUUUAUAUGUAUGGGAAUUAGAAGAAUAAUGCUGUUUGAUCUGUAUUUGUUACACAAAUGUGAGCUAUAACAAAGUAACGGUUAAUAUAACACACUGUGGUUCAUUGCUAAAAAAAAAUCUAUUUUUUUUCUUUGUUUUUGUUUCUUGAACAAUUAAAGGGAGCCUGGAGAGCUUCUUACUACUUUCACUUGCUUUAUAGCACUGAUUAUGGUCUUCCCACAAAUACAAAUGUUUUUCUUCUUAAUUGUAAAAUAUUUUAAUAACUUUUUUUUUUUUUGGCUCUAAAAAUAUAUAUAUAUAAUUUUUUUUCUUUUCUUUUUUUUUUUUUUCUUUUUUGGUUGUAGGUCAGUUAUCUGGCAGAAAAAAAAUAUUCACCCCGUGCCCCAUUUUUAUGUGUUAAAUAUUUGCAUUUAUAAACAAAAUAAUUCCGUAGAUUAUAAAUUAUAAAAUUCAAGCAAAUUUCAACUAGUAACAUUAAAGGAUUUAACUGUAAAACUUUAUUUUCAGAAGGUUUAAAACUUUCGGUUGAAAGCCAUUUCCAUAGCAUGUUCUUGAUUAAAUAAGGUUAACUAAACAUAUUGCAGUGUAUAUCUUAUACAAGAUAAUAUUCAAGUUGCAAGUGUAAGAUACAUGCCGAAGAUUGAGUACAACUCCUAAAAACGUGUUCCUACCUAAAAAUGACAUGUGCGCAAUUGUUGUGUGAUGCUAAUCCAUAAGGCACCUUUUUUUUCUGUAGGUGUGGAUUUAAUUUGUGAGAAAAAUUCAAAUGCUUCACUGUUGAAGCUAAGCGGUUUUCAGUAAAACUUCAAAGUUUCAUAGGUCUUUUACUAAAUUGUAUAGCAUUUAAAUCUUUUAGCCAGGGUUAAGGACCGUGCCGAAGCGCGAGAAGCCCCAGGCUACUACUGAACAUUCAAUAAAUUAUACAUUUUGGGACUUUUUGUCACUUGUUUUUUUAUUUACAUUAUGCGUGGAUCGGGGCUUAAAAAUUUUCGCUAGAAUUUAAGAGCCAUGGCAAAACAUUGUAAGCCCAGCAAGCCUUACACACUUUCUUCACUCACUCACAGUCAUACACACAUAUCUCAUCACUGACACACAGACAAUCGCUGUCCUCACUAACAUAAAUGCGUGACUUUGCAUUUUACAAAUAUAUAUAUGGUCAUAUAGGCAUUAACUCAAAACACGUACAUUCAUAUAUAUACACACACACACACUUUGUGGUCUAAUUAUUCUAUCCCCAUUCCACUCCAUACACUUUUAAUGGCAGCGAGGAAGGAGAGCAGGUGGAAUGCUCACAUCUCUAUCCCUGAAGUAGAUAGUAUGUUAUCUCUGCAUGGCAUGAUGGCAGUCAGGGUUGCCUAUUCCCCUUGCUUUACUGAAGUUUAUAUUCAUGUAUUAUGUCAUCAGUUCUUGCAACUACUUUUAGUCAGGAUGUUGCAUAGGAUGGAGAGGGGAGAGCAGUGUCUACUAAGACCAUGGACAGUGCUGCAAACCCCUUUUAUCUCUUCUUUGUUGAUGGCAGUGAACCGCAGGGGAAGAGGAGUUAAGAUAAUUAAACCAAUAAUGACCUGGUAUCUUAUGAUCUCUUCAGCCUGAGAGGAAGACAGAUUUUUGGUAGCCUGAUCACAUUUUUGUUUCUCUGUGGUGAACUGGUGCCUAGGAUAAAGCCCUGGGUUAGAUACUUAUUGUGAUAUGAUGGUCAAACGCAUUGUUCAGAGAGGACCUAUUGUCAGUCAUGUUUUAUUUUUUUGCAUAAUAAAAUUCUUAACAAAGUCUGUCUGUUUCUUCUUUUGUAAUGUGCUCUGAUGUCAAG